GACGGGUUUUCAUUAAGCAGGGGCGAGAGGCAACAGAAAAACCACGUCGGGCGGGUCGCGGGCCAAUCGUGUUUUACGUAUGCACUUUGCGAGCGUCUCGCGAGUACUGCCGGGUACCGAUCGAAUUAUUAAAUGUCGGUCUUAAUUAUUUUGUUUCACGAAAACAUGUUUGGAAAUUUUCUUUGCGCAGCGUGAUUAUUAUUUUUCAAAUUUGCAUGAUCUUUUUCGCAGAUAACCAUCGGCAAUGUUAAAGUGGACGGCGGCCGGACAGCGGGGCGGGACGGUGCAGAACUGGAGACAGACGACAGCGGUGCAGGUGCCGGCCGACGAGUCGCAGUCGUGUUUCACGGAGAAGCCGCGACGGAGACGAUUGUCCAGGAGGAUGUCUGGCAGACACGAUAAAGAGAACUCGACGUGCGUGGUGAGUGUCCAUAAAUUCGUUGACAGUAACCUGUGACUUUUCCCCCUUAAAAUUACAGGAAGCGGUUACAGAAUAAUGAAAUCCGUUUCGUUUCGCCGGUUACACCGGUUACAAACGGUCACGAAAAUGUAUGACCAUGUUGGAUAGAUUAGGGGUGGCUAUACUUCAUUCGGAAUUAUUACUUCUUCUUAUUAAACCCGCUUGACCUAGUUUGACUUAAUUUUUGUGUUUUUAUACUAUAAAGUAUAUUUAAACCUACUAGAUAGUUAUGUCGAACGAGGGAGUAAGCCGUCCAGUAAGGAGCUGGUUUUAAACGAACCUCGUUGCCAUCGGUUACUAUGGUUUGUAACUGUACAAAAAUGGUUCACUAUCAAUUUGUGACCGGUAACUCGUUACGAUUUUGUGGUUACCUACUGUUGUAUUUGGCUUUUUAGGUUAAAAAAAAUUAAGAGAUUAAAAAUAAGGUUGUCGUUGCCAAUCGUUUUUAUUUAUUUUUUGUUAUUAUUAAGUUUUUAUUAAUUUAAUCUUUUAAUCUUUUUUAAACAAUCGUUGUUGUCUUGAAGACGUACAUUGUUGAAAAAGCAAUACUAUUGACCGAGCUCCGUUCAGAAUCGUUUUUCGUUGGCGAUGAUUAAUCAUUGCGUACAGAUAUAAAUUGAUUUCCCCUUUAUAUCCUACCUUCCCAACUUCUCACCUACAACAGUGGCCUAUCCGUCUGUUUUUAUAUUAUUUGUAUGCAUAUACCUGAGUAUAACUAUUGAGUGUAACUGUAUCCGCGUCAUAUAAAAAAAAAAAAAAAAAAAAAAAGGUAAACUAAAUAGUAUUAAUAAUCUAUUGAUCUUGCUGUCUUGCUGUGUGAUCAGUUUUCGCUUCCAAUACGAGAUUUUUUUUGAUUCUAUAAUAUUGUAAUGAAGAAAAAAUAUGUUUGUUGUUUAUUCGCAUUUUUUCUACAAAACUGCCGCAUAAGAAGAGAAAUUACUAUUAUUAUUAUUUUAUUUUUUGAAAAGAAAGAACAGUAAUUGUUAAUAUCUUAUUAUCCUCGCGGGAUGCCUCGAGGACAUCAUUGUGAUUCUAGCACCGUGAAGGUUUUUUUUUUUAUUUUCGAGAGCCUUAUACGUUUUUGCUGUUUCUAUUUAUUUGAAAUGACCGUCUGGAGACAGAAAAAAAAAACAAAAUACACCGUCCUUCGCUAUAUUGUUUCGACGGUCGUAUUUCGAGUUUUAUCAGCACACUGAAGUCAGCUAAAUCGAUCCGUCCACAUUACACCCAGUCGAUUUACAGACGGAAAAAAAAAAUCUUUCCAAAGCGGCUACUUAUUAACGGACGAGGAGCGAGGACGUACACACAUGUAUCGCCGAGGUUUCUUUUUUCGAUUUCAAAAUUGACAUAAUAUAUUUUUAUCGUUACAUUAUCGAUGAUAUAGUAGUAUUAUGAUCGCAUUAAAAAAAACUGAUAUUACUAAUGAGUGUGUCACUGUUUUAGGAGAGAAGUUGGAUGGUAGGAUAAAUAGAGUGUUUCAAUUUACAAUUUAUAUCUGAAAAAAGGAUUCUGAGCAGAGUAUCGUUAGUCGUGUAUUUCCCGUUGUUGCCCAAGGUAACCCAGAAAUGAACAAAAAUGUUCAGUUUCUAUCAAAAAACAUCACUUCAUCAAUGUACCAAUUAGAUCAAAUACGUUGCAGUAAAAAAAUUCUUAUAAAGUUUUUAUCGAUAACAGCAAGAUUUUUGGAAACGCAUUGUUUACAGCACAUCGUCACUUCGCUCAGAAUCUAGAAAACAAACAUUUCAUAUGUAUCCGGGACUGACACACGGGGGUGCCAUUGUCGACCGGCACCCGUCACUCCUGUAACGCAAUGGAAUCUAUCACCGCAACGGUAAUCGGAAAGGACGACAUUAAAUACAUAAUUUGUUUACAGGACGUGCAGACGCCCACGUCGAAAACGUGUCGAACCCGUCGCCGGGAGAGCUUGAGGGACGUGAGCAACCACAACAGCCCGGCGGCGACGACGAUGCUGCUGAUGUCGCCGGGCGGCAGACGAACCAAAAGUCCGUGUACAGAAACCCAUUGGAUGCCCGUCCAAAAGAGGUGAGUUUGUUUUUUUUUUUUAUAUUAUUGGAGAAACCAGAAUCCCGUGCAGUGAUGGAACAGAAUCCUGCGGGUAAAAGACCCGCGGGAAAACUAUGAACGCGCCGGGAAGAUGUAUUCGAAAAGCACGUGAACAGUUGGGACGCGGUUCCAAUUAGAGGAAUCUAAUGUCGAGUGUAGAGAACGGAGGGGACUUGGGCUGCGAGACGGAACGGUUCUAAAGGCCCCGGAUACACCCCCAAGGAGAGGAAGAUAGAGCGAAGGUAGCGCGCUAUUUUCUCCGUUGCGUGGAAAAAAAAAAAACAUCAAACCGUUUUCGCCGAGAUGAAGGAAAAUGUCUCGCGGCGCGGCAUUGGGGACGUGGAUUUUCGAUUUUAAACCGAUAACCGCGAAAAAAUAAUUUUGAAAAAAAAAAAAACCGGCGUAAAAUUGUCACGUUCGGAAAAAGAAUUUCCGUAGACCAAGUCCCGACGCGCCUCGUGAAGAGCGUCGAAUUGCGGACGGGCCGUUACGCCCGCGUGAUAAAUCGUUAAUUUAUCGCGCGUCGUUUCGUCACCGCCGUACCGACGCACUGCGGAAUCGUCGCGACGUAUUUCGUCGGUGACCAACGACGGGCGGGCAAACGGGCGACAGUCUCCCGCUCGCGCGGCCCGUGUUCGCGUAUAGCGUACGCUAUUUCACGGUGUAAUCGUUAGCCGUUUGCUGUUUUUCCGAAUUUUUCACGGCCGAAUCGGCUCCGCUGUUAACGGCGUCCGCAACGCGACCAACGCACCGCCGAUCCCAACGCGUUUCACCGGUUUACCGCGCGGUUACGACCACAAUGUCUGCACACGAACGGCGGCACAAUACGAUAAAAAAAACGAUAACCGCGCGUCCGGGUACAAACGUCGCCGCGCUCACCGCGAUAACAAUUGAAUAAUCACGUGCGAAAUAUCGUCGCGGGCGUACGCACGCGACGUUAUUAUUAAUUCGUCAAAAUAAUACCCACGCGUAGCCGCAGCCGCACGCGAUUGCGCGCCGGUCAAAACGACGUUUACGCGACAAACGCGUGUGUUUGGUUUUCUCGUUUUCCGCGUCCGCUCCGUUUUAACCGUCGCCGGUUUUGAUUCGGGUUUUUCGCAGGGAUCGGCGAAACCGUUAUGCGCGGCACGGCAGAUCGCAGUAUUGAUUAGCCGUUUGAACCUAGUGACUUUUUACAUUUUUUUUUUUUCCGUCGCGGUUUUCAUUGGAGGGGUUUCGUCCGUCGGUAACUCUACGAAAUUACUCGAAUCGAAUACGAAAUCGAUUAAAUAGGUUUUCGCGAUUCCGGCAAUAUUAAUACGCAUUUGUUUUUUUUUUUUUUUUUGUAUUCGCGCAGACGGUCCGGCGACGAUAUAUUUUGGACGGACGACAAAGUCAAACGGAAAAAACCGUGCACGGCCGAUCACGUGAUCGGCACGCCCGCCGCGGUCACCCGCGGGACGACGGUUACCGGCACCGCGCCCGUCAAAGACAACGGCCAGCUGUGCGUGUCCAUAUCGCCCACCGAAGAACCGGUCCAGUUGUCCCAUAAACAGUUACCGGCGCCGACCGCGGCGUUUAGAACGUCGCGGCAUCCGGAAGCGGACGAUCUGCGCGCGUCCACGUUGAUCGACCGGUACGUCGACGAGAUAUGCAUGAACGAUUGCACGUUGAUCGGCGGCGGCGGUCCCGGUGACCGGUUAAGCAUCGUGUCGCCGUUGGCCAAGCGGCUGGCCGACAUCCGGUUGCGGCGGUCGCCGGGGCCCGCAGUCGCGACGGUCGCGGCCGGUCGCAAGCGAAAACGGACGGUCUCCUCCGACCAGCAGGACGACGACUGCCCGGAACGGACGCCCGCGAUGCCCGGCGGAAAACGGCCGGCCGCGUGGUGGUGGCAAUGCUCGGGUGGCGGCGGCGGCGGUACAGGCGGUCUCACCCUGCCCGACGGUCUGGCCAGUCCGUUUCACUCCUCGUACCGUAACUACCGUCACCAUCAACACCGUCCCCUUCACACGGUCACCGCCGUCCCGCCCAGUCCCAUAACCCCGCUGCGCCGGGGCUCGGGCGACAUGCUGGACGACGAUUCGGACGACUAUUGGAAAACGCCCGUCGGCCGCCCGGUAGCCGGGUUCCGCGGAGACAGCCUGCUCUCGACGGCCUCCUCCAAAACGGUUGACGACGAAAUCAUCUGUUGCAGCGAUCCACGCAGCCCGGCCGUGCUGGACGAAACGUUCACAAUGAAAUCGCGGCGGUGUCUGUCGUUCGUGUCGCCGCCGCCGUCGGACAGGAAGAAACAGCGCAGGUCCCUGAAGAAAUCCACCUCCGUCGACAAAGGUAAAACCAAAAGCGAAGACCGGCAGGGUGUCGGGGAUUUUCGCGGGUUUCGCAUUCGAAUAUUCAAAAUUAAUUUGCCGCCUUAUGCUCGAUUUAAACCCCCACCCCCCCUUCCCCCUACCACUUCCCCCCUCCUCGCGCUUUUGUCCAGUAAAAAAGCAUUUCUCAUACAUUUCAAUGCAAUACGCUGAAAAGAUUCUCGCGUUCCGAACAAUAACAUUCGAAAAGCAAUCCAUUCGCGUUGUAAAUCGCGGGGCACAAACACGAAAUUCCGUACCGUUGUCUAGACGUUUCGCUAACCAUUUUUCGUGACCGGGUUUUUUUUUUCUGUUUUUCCAGCUUCCGGUCUAGAAGUGUCCAUCGGCCUGAAAGAUUUGACGCAUUUGACCGUAUUGCGUGAGUAUUUUGCAGCCCUGUGCGUGUAUGGAUGUGUAAUAAACGUUUGGGUUGUUUAUUUUUUUUUUUUUUUUGCGUUUCAGUGAAAAGAGGCAGAAAUCUGGUGUGCGCGGACGGCGAUCUGCCCAACACUUACAUAAAGGUACGUGAUAUCGAACGGGGAGACUCUUUCGUUUUCCGAUCAGACCAACCCCGUUAACGGUUUAUUAAUAUCGAGAAAUUGGAAUUUUACCGACAGGUCUAUUUGGUGCCCGGCAAGGGAACGUGUCACAGGACCCGGAUCCGACACAAUUCCGCCAACCCGCGUUUCGACGAAUCGUUCACCGUGCCGGUGUCCGAAGAGGACCAGGGCAAGAGAAUUUUAAUAUCCGUGUGGCACAGGAACCGGUCGAAGAGGUAACUAUUAUUAUUUUCGACUUGAUCUGCUUAAAGUGUGCACGGGAACGAACUGCGGGGGGGGGAGGGAGGGAAAUAUUAGGCCUGCUGUCUUUUAGAGAAAAUAAAUCUGUAAAAAUGCUAAAAAAAAAACCACAGCUGUUAAAAAUGUUCGGGGCGGGCCGACAUUUAUUUCGAUAAAUAUAAUGGACUUUUUUUUUUUUUCACAACUUACGAAUUACAAGUGCGAUCGCGACUUGAACGUUCUGACCACGCAAGUAACGAAACAAUUAACGCACACUCCCCUCCCCCUGCUCUCGCGGGAGCGCCCUCGCCGCGUACUGUAAAUCUGUGCGACGCGCCCCGACAUAUUACGAACGCGUUGAACGUCACAACCGGAAAAUCGUCCCGUUUCGCUUGAAAAUUAAAACAUCUAAAAAACGAAAAAAAAACCGACGUACCGACGUAACCGAACGUCGACGACGACGUUCUCACGUGUCCUAGGUCCGGUAACAGUCGAGUGCGCUGUGCGGUUGGAAGACCCGCAGCACGAAACGAACGGAAAGCGUGUAAACGUAACGGCGGUUCCGCGAAUCGCGGGACAUUUCUCCGGCAGGGCGCGACGUAUCAGGCGCAACCCAUUUCGCGCCGUCCGUUUCGGUAUCGGUGUGCGCCGCGCGCCCAUUCACCGGCACAAGGGUAGGCGUGCGGUCCGUGUGCGUCCGGUCAGGUAAUCUGCGGAUGUUUCGAUUUUCAAUCCAACGGACGACAGUGUUCGUCGAGUUUGCCGAUGAGCUCACUUACGUUCCCGUAACGAAAGCCACCGCGCGAACCGGUUUUCACGUCCGAAAAUCUGUGACCGUAAAAACGAUUCCGCCGCGUAACAUAUAAAAUUCGACAUUGUCGCUGGCGCGUCUGUGCCGACGAUUUUCGCCGGCGAUUUCCCAACUGGCCGGGGCCCCCGCCGCCGCCGUGACCGCGGCCCGGACGAAAUUUAAUAACAGCACAAGAACGGCCGAAGAGGGUCGGUCGCCGGCGGGUGACGAUAAUUCAUCCCCGGCCGCGCCGUCGACGCGCACCAGCGACGGGUCUCGCGGUGUAAUUGUAUUAAAUCGUUUUAUCGAUUUUUCCUCGCGGUCCGCCGGAAAUUAUUGCCGCGUUCGGGCCGCCGUCGAACCCGGCACCGCGUUUUCCACGGACGUCGGCGUUUCGUACGGAAUCCGAAGUUCUAUGUUUUUUCAUUUUUUUUUUUUUUAUCACCCGAAUCUCAUCCCGUUCGAUUCUCCGCGUGCCGCGUGAUUCGUUCCACUCGAUAAUUGGCGAAAAACCGCGGGGAAAACGGAAUUGACGGUUUCUUCGUUUACGGUUUGGGGAGGGGGGGGGGUUUCUCUAGCGGUUCGGUUAAAAGUAACCGUAGAGACCCGAAACGCGUACGAAUCGGCUUGCGACAUUAUAGCGACCGAUGUUGUAAGUCUUUUCUAGAGUCUUGUCAAACGUUUGCCCCACUCUUAGGGGAAAACCGAAACGGCGACCCCGGCCGGACGGCCGCGAGUGUGUUAUUCACGGGGCCGUGAUCCCGCGGGGUUGGCCCUGCAGAGCGCGGCGGACACCGGGCGGCCGUCGUUAAUACGGUCGCGCGUCGUCCGACAGCAGAAAAUAAAACCGAUAAGGGUCGGUGUUUUUAUUUUUAUUUUCUGCACUUGUCGGGAAAACCGCGUCCCUUCGCCGUACAUACACACACGGCCGUCGGGCAUCGCGAGGAGAGGGCGCGCUGUGACUGUUAUUCGGGAGCGAUUUCUCACCCCACUACCCCCCCGGCCGUUCCCGUUCGUUCGGGCAGCGAUCCCGCAUUAGCAUUUUACGACCGAACGUAACCGGAGGCGGUGGCGUUUUUCGGGAUGCUGCCGGGAGGGUACGACCGGCGGCGGCGGCGGUGACAGGGACGCGGGAAGCGGGAGACGGGCGACGCGGGAACGCUCGGGGUCGCGGGCGGUCGAUCGAUCCUACGCAAGCGACGCCGCUCGACGAAAACGUCCGUCGGCCCGUGCGGGCCCACAAUAGCCGCGCGCGCCAGUCGCCGUUUUCCCGUCCGUCCGGAACGUCGCGCCACAUCGCCGCCAGUCCGUACAACAAUAAAAUUGCCGUUUAAUUUCCAGCGUGUUUGUACUGUUUAUGGUUUUUCACAUUUUACACGUUUUUCCAGGAGAAGCGAAUUUCUGGGCUACAUGUCGUUCGCGGUGAAAAACGUCGUUAAAAAAGUAAGUAUAUCAUUUUUAUUGUCCGAAGAAUAUAUUAUUUUUACACAAUAGAGCGCGUGUAUAACAAACGUUCAGCAGUGGCGCAAGGCGGAGGUAUAAAAAAAGAAAACGAGACGUUCGCGCCCCCACCUCAAAAUGACUUUUUCAAGAUCCAAUAACAAUGAUACACAAUCUUUCGCCGUACAUAAAGUCCCAUAAUGUCAUUCAGCCAUCGCGCACCGCGAAUCGUUAUCACAUCACACCGGCGGCUAAUGAAAUUCUCGCGGUUUCGCCGCAGACGAUGAUAUCGCUCUAUGCGACGUCGAUCCGCAAAGAAAAAAAAAACCGCGUUUCCCCGGGUGACCGUCAACACGUUAGAACCGUUUGAAAACGCGCAGCGUGUUUUGUGCACCGCACGGCUUUCGGUUAAGCCCGUAACGGCGGCUCGACGAGGCGCACUCGGCCGCCCGACGAAGCUCUUCAAGUAUCGAGAGCCCAUUGAAAAGCACAUAAUAACAACUACGGCGCUCCGUGACACAUUACACUUACCGCUGUUGAAAAUAAUUGCUUUUUUUUUUUUCCGCGUCCGAAACGUUCGACCCGGGUCCGCGGGAAAAUUCAAGACUUUGCCUCAAACAAAGCGGUAGUCUGUGCGGUUUAUAAACCGAAUUCGCGGUUCAGCAGAACCGAUUUUACGCCGUUGUCGUCCCGGCAUUAAAGCGAGUUGAACCCGAUAUCAUAGGAAGAACGUUAUAAACACAGACAGCAAUAUCCUCCGGUGGCGCGCACCGGGGCGCCGCCGGUUCGCAGAGGGGCAUAACACCCACCAAACACCGCGGGUUGUGAUACCCCCCUUUCCAAUUCGCUUAAAAACACGAUAGCUCCAAGUAUACGAUUAUUUACCGUGCAAUUAUCGUCGUGAAAUUGUACGAAAAUUUCGGCCAAGUUACAACGGAAAAACGUGAUUUUUUUUACAAAUUGACCUUUUAGGUACCGGCUACUUUAGACGUUUGUUGUCGAGUUAUUAUGAACGUGUAACGGGUAAAAACACUACAAUUUAUUUAUGAAUCACGGUUGUUAUUUACCGCAUCCCCUCUAUCGUUGAAAACUCCUGGGCACGCCAAUACGCCACUGUAUUCUCUCGUUGAAGUUCGAUAGAUGAUCAAUUCACUGUAGUUUUGAAAUCAACACGAACGUUGACAGACGAAAAAUACGUGAGGUGCAGCGUUUUGAAAAACGCUGCAAUUUAAAAAAUAAUCAACGUUUUCGUCGUACCGUGGGCGGUAUAAUAAAACUUAACUAUAAUUAUUAAAUUCUAACGGUUUGUUUUUUUUUUGUUUUACGUAGGAAAUAAAUGGCACGUUUAAACUCGUGCCGCAGAGUAGUCCGGGUGGCCGAAUGCCGCCCCACUCGACGCCGGCCCCUCAUCGACCCCAAGGUAUUUACCAGAAAUUCGAACUCGCCAACUCAUCGUGCGCGUCACUAAACUUGUAAUAUAUUCGAAUUCGAUUUUAACAGAUCUGACCGUGAUAAAGGCUGUGCACUGUAACAGUAUUGACGAAGACGACGACGUCGAUGACAUCGAAGAAGAGGACAAUAAUAUUAUGAUCGACGACGAACCCUGCAGCACCACUACUACCGCGGCGGGGACGGGUAGCGGGAACAUGUCGGGUAUGUGUUACGGCUUAGAGCGUGUAUGUAACUUUAGUCCCCGGGAAGGAGAUCAACUUUGUGUAUUUUUCCGAGCAAAUAAAAUUUAGAAAAUUACAUUUUGUUAAAUGACGUGAUGGCAUAAUUGCUAAAUAACCUAACCUGAAAUUCGGCAUUCCAAACGGUUUACAAGUCGUUAAUUUUUUUUUAUGUAUUUUGGCCCUUUUUGUUAAACGACCCUGUAACUAUUAAGAUAUUUUAAUUUGCAGUAAAACUGUAUGUGUUUGAAUAUUAUACGCAUGUCGUUUAGGCCGAUAAAUAAAUGGGAAAAUGUGUCACUAGAAAAAAAUUAUAAAAAAAAAAAAAAAAACCCCGCCGAAAACCGACCUGUAAGCCCAUCUUACCCGGGACUAGAGACAAACGCGAAAUGAUAUAAUACAGUAGAGUUUGACGUGACGUUUUGAUUAUGUUUUCGCGUUUCAGCCAAGGUGAAAAUAUCCGAUCAGAAGCCAAAAAAGGAUAACAAUAAUGCGAACGUAAAGACGGGUAAGUGCUGACGGGCGGCGGUGUAUAGCAUAACACCUAUGUCCUAUAUAAAUUAUAUUAUGUACUUUUUUUUCCGAAAUCGUCUUGUCUUCUCCUUGUCCCGAAUUCGCGGCAACGCGUUCGAUAUUGUUGUACGCACGCGAGCAAUAUAAACGGUAGAACCACUCCAAACGGUUUUUAUCACGCGAUCCAUCUCGCCAUCGUGUAACAAUAGCAAUAACGUAAACGGCUCUCUGAUUUCUCUAUGCAUACGCUGACCGUUUUUUAGCCACGUGCCCCUGAUUUUUACGAUAUGAAUUUUCCCCGGAAACAGCUUUAUUUUUUUAUAGUUAAAACUAUAAAAACUAGAUUCACUAGAUCCCCAACAAGCUGAAACUCUGGAAUCACAUGUUAUUUGAUUAUGUAGGUGAAUUGUAGUGAUACAAUUAUGGUUAAAUAUUUCAAAAUGUCGCUGUAGGAGGCGGGUUUUUAUGCUUUGAACAAUCUUACAUAAUCCCCGCAAUAAGCUUUAGUGAGACGCAACUUUUUGUACAGGGUGUCCCACGAAUAUAUGCCUAUUGUAAUAUCUCCGGAUAUAAUAAAGAUAAUCAAAUUCUAUUUUUUUUUAUUUUUUUUUUUUUUGUUUUACUCACAGGGAUAAGGACUGCAAAUAUUUAUAUUUCGAUUAAUUUUUUAUAUUUUGGUAAAAACUUAAAAAAUUAACUUUUUAUUUUGUUAUAAUUGAAAAAUUUGAACUAUCAACUUUUAUUUUUCAUUAAAUUCGAGAUUUUUAAUAUUUUUUUCUUAAAAUUCGCAGAAAAAAUGUGUUCAGUCAAUUAUAGCCACAAUAAUAAUAAUCAAUUAGCAAAUGCGACUACAGCCUGCUGCUCUCUGAACUUUAAAAAAAAAAAAAAAAUAAAUAAAAAUCAUGAAUUCAAUGAAAAAUAAAUAGUUGAGUAAUCAAAAUGUUUAGAAGUCUAUAACUAUAAAAUGGUUAUCUUCACCAAAACACUAAAAUUGUGUUAAAAUAUAAAUAUUUGUAGUCCGUAUCCCUGCAAGUCAUAGACAAAAAAAAAUUUGAUCAUCUUUAUUAUCCAGGGAGAUAAAUAGAUAUUGUAACGGGUAUAUCUCUGUUAAAACACUCUGAAUGUAUUACGUUAUAGUGUCUACGACUAUGUGCCUUUCGGGGGGUUUCUAUCCCCGUUCCAGACAUUUGUAUGCUAAAAUUUCAUAAUUUUUUUUUAUUUUACAGCAAUAUAUAUUAUAUAUAUUAUUCUGUUAUUUAUUGUUUUGUGAAGAACAUAUUGGUAAUAUAAAAAUUGUCGGGGGAAAAUUCGAUUCCGGUCGUUUUCCUUUACAUUCCUCUGUGUUACUUUCCCAUAAAAUAUCCGAAACUACGCGACAUUUCAACCCUGCGGUAGCAAUACGUUAUCGUUUGAAACGUUUUUCGAAUGUCCAUUAACUUACGGGAUAAAAAUCCCUCUCGGUUUUAAGGGAUUUCGCAUUUUCAUUUCAGUAUACUUUCGUUUUUUCACGUCCAACACUCGUGUACCAAUGAUUUGUAUUAUUGAAGAGUAACAUAAGUAUUUUACACGCGUUUCAGGCAACGAAGAGAACAAAUUCCUGCAAUAUUUGGAGUUGGACCCACUGCUAUCUUCCAGAGACGGCAAAACCGGCAGGACUCCGUUUACGAUUACUAAACGGUUGUCGAAACCAUCGGGUUCCAGUUUCGGAUUUUCCAUAGCGUGGACGCAUCCUCCGAGGUAAAAACACACAUAUAAUGACGACCGCGGAUCGUAAUAUUAUUUCAAAGUACAUUUUUUGAAAAUCAUUAUUUUUUACGCGUUACAGAGUGGAAAGAGUUGAAUGCGGUCUGCCCGCGGACCAGGCCGAUCUGAAACCCGGUGAUUACGUAGUGUUUAUAAACAAAACUAACGUCGUGAUGAUGGCCGAAGACGACGUCAUGGAGUUAAUUAAGUGAGUGCGGUUAUUUGUUCGUGUUCUAAAAGUUGCCGGGUCAUUACUAGCGUGUAUAAGACAGUUUGAAAGCUUUUCAAUAAUCCGUACAGCUAUUAUUAUUGCACUUUUAAAAUAGUUAAUAUCUAGUAAGCGGAGAAUAUUCCCCCAAUAGAUUCUCGAGCGUUUUACAACACCAAAACGAACCGCCAAAGUUCUUUCCUACGCGAAGCAAAUAGUUUGCGAAAAUAAAACUCGAUAAUCUAAAAAAAAAAAUGUGUUUGGCCGAUUUAUUAUUGAGUUUCGGCGACAGCGGUAAUAAAUUUCGCGUCCUUUGUCGGGAAACAGAGGUGGGGAAGGCAUAUGUUCUACAUUAUUUUGAUGUGUACGGGAUUUUCCACGAAGACUCGCGUCAUCGUGAUGGACAUCAUCGCGAUGCUGUUGUCAGUGUGAUCUUUUGACUGUUCUGCGCUCAUCGUCGCAACAAGUGCGGCAAACCAUUAUUCAACUUUUGGUGUCCACGAAAAAAAAAAAAAAAAUCGGAUUUCUCUUAACUCGACAAAAUAUACGCAUAUUAUACGAUUCGAAUGGCCGAGACGCUUUUUCGUUUAUAAACUAUUCGUAAAAAAACGUGACGGGAGAGAAAUAAAAAAAAUAAUAUACACCCGCUCCGUGUUAUAAUAGUCAUCAAUUUAAAGACCGCGGAUUUGUAACACCGAUAGCGUUUUUUUAUUCUUUUCAUAAAUAUUUUUUAAAUUUUACUUAUUAAUCUGUUUUUACAUUUUGAUCCUCUCCCAUAAGGAUAUAAUUUUUACUGAGUAUAAUAAGAAUUAUUCAAACAUUUUUUCGUGUAUCUAAAUUGCUCUGAAUUGCUCUGAAUUCAUCAUAUUUAUAGUUUUUUUCCCCAAUUUUAACCAUACAGUUUUUCGUGUGACAAUUCGGUAUAUUUGCACAUGAUUCACGAAUUCGAAAAAUUUCGCAUAUUCGAUUUUUGUCGCUCGAGCGUUCGGCUGGAGGAAAAACUAAGACAUUUUAUCUAAUUGAAAGUAUGACGUUCCUAAACUUUUCAAAAUAGCGACGAAGGUCGUAAAUCUAAACUUUCAGAUUAGCGAAUUUCGGAUAAUUUAUUUAGGUAAAUUUAUGCGUAAUGGACAAAAAAUACUUAUACUUGAAACAAAAAAAUUACACACAGCUUCCAGUAAUUUGAUUUAUUACUGCGUAUACAACGUUGACAGCCUCAUCCUUAACCGCAAUGCGGUAUUUUAACUUUUUUUCGUUUAUACCACGAACGUCACGUAUUUUUUUCUAAUAUAUAGGUACUGAUAUAAAUAAUAUAUAAUAUAUAAGACGUAGCUGUUGCGUGGUUGAUAUACACUCGUCGGUGUUUUACGAAAAUGUUUUUUCGACUAUACGCUACGGCCGUCUAAAAACAAACCACCCUGUCAAAAUGAUUUUGACAUAAUAUUACAUCUUUAUACGCGUCAUGUAGCGAGCCCGUCACUUUUCACUAUUAGGUUAGACGUUUUCGCAAAUUUUCUAGUAGAAAAAAAAUGUCUACCGUCAAUUGUACGUAAACAUCGUAUGGCCAAUUUAUACAGAAAAUUACUUUAGAAUAAUAUUAUAGUUGCACUCGAUAGCUCGCCCGAGACAAAUUACAUAAGGCGAAACAAAUUGUUUGAAACCAUACUCCAUACUGAAUACUGUAUUGAAAUUCAAACCGCACUCUCAGUGGCAUAACCAGGAAUUAUUUCCUGUGGGGGAAAGGGGGUUAUGAACUUCAAUAAUUUAUCUAAAUGUGGCAAUUACCAAACUGUUAAACUUAAACAGUUAUAAUGUUCUGAGCAACUCAAAUUAUGCUAGGUACUAGUAAAUGAACUGCAAAAGAAAUUUGAAUGAUUCGUAAAAGAAAAUCGCAACAUUUAGGAGUUUGGGCAGUUAUAGCCCGCAAAACUUUUCGGUCUUGCCAUUGCGGCGAGUCCUACUAAUAACGAAAAUCGUGACUGUUUUGAAAUAUCUAAUACAAUAACUUAUUAUGUACCGACUUUCGAUAACCAAUAAUUUUUUCUAAACAAUUUUUUUUUUGUAGAUCGUGCGGAAAUCAGCUGUAUUUGGAAGUGUACAACAAAACUUCGACGGCCAACCGGAGGAACAACCAACCGCCGCCGCGGUCGGCGUCCACGCCGGGCGUACUUAACCUGGCGGCCACCGCCGUCAGCCAGAGUGACACGACCGUUUCGCUCCAGGAACCGCCCAGACGGAGGUUUCACAUACCUCAAGUGACGUUCACUUCCGAGGUAGGUUCCGGCGUAGUCGUAUGAAUGAUAUGAUUAGCGAUUUGACGAGUGAUGUGAUUUUUCCCCGUUUUCUACCUGUUAUACCUAAUAUAUACUUGUAAAUACAAUAAUUUAUACCUGCCUAUUAUACAUAUAACCGAUUCCUUUGGUUAUUAGUCCAUUACUAUUAUUAUUAUUAUUAUUAUUAUUAUUUGUUUUUAUCCGCAAAACGAUUUGUUUGUUAUUAUUAUUAUUAUUUGAUAGUUGAUAAUCGUAUAAUAUGUUUACUAUUUGUAAUGUAUGCCAGUAACACGAUAUGACGAAUGCCAGUAUUUAUUAUAAUAUUAUUUUAUAGACGUAGAAGUAGUAGUAGUAAUAGUCGCAGUAUAAGAACAUUUCAAACAUUUUGAUUUACAAGAAGGUAUCUAUAACAUAGACCCGUAAAGAAAUGGACUGCGCCUUGCCUGUCCUUUACGGUAUAAACUACAUUUCGAUAAGUCAUUGUGUAGUGACAGAGAUCGCACGACAGGUAUAAUACAUUUUCAAGACUACAACUCCCCCCAGUUCAGUUUUCUUCGACCCACAAUAACUAUUGUAUUUGUACGGUAAAAUCUGGGUGCAUACGAUGCAUACGAUGAUAAAACCAUUAAUACACUAAAGAAAACGUUAUCACUAACGUGCUUCGAGGAGUUGUAUGCUAUCUUUCUCACAUUUUUUCUCACUACGCGCAGUCUAUAUUUUUAUGUGUCUAUAAUACCUAUCCAUCAUUUUAGAGCAUAUUUUACCAUUCUACACGCGCAUAAGGUUAGGUUAUAUAUUUUUUUUAUUUUGUCGAAAAUGAAUAGGUUACCAACGAAAACAAUUAUUAAUCGCUGGGCAGUGGCGUCAUUUUAAUAUUCUGUAUAAACCAUGCGGGGCAAACGUAAUAUCCCAAAUUUUUCGACUGAGGAGACAAUAAUUUAUUUACGAAACAUUUUCUUCCUCCGUUCAAACAUCGACUUCCAUAAAUACGUUCUAUUUAUAUCACAUUUGUAUAAUUACAAAAAAAAUUACACGUACAAUUCGAAAAUUACGAUUUCGUUAAAAAUUAUAAAACAUAUUUAGUAUAUUUUAAAAGUAAACUUGUAUCGGAAAAUAGACUUAACAGCCUGUAGAGAUCAAACCGAAAUGCAGACUUAACAGGACAAUCGAUAGUGCUUUGAAUUUUAGACUGGAGUAAAAUGCACAAAAAAAAAAAAAAAAAAAUGACGCCCCUGACUACAGGUUAAAUGAACCUAACCUAUUUACUUAUAGUGACCAUCAUCACUAAACACCUGCAGUGAUCACCUUGUAGAAAUAAUAUCAUAAAAUAUGCUCCGGCACGAUAUACCCGUUAAUCGAUCGAUCAAUUUUAAUUAUUUAUCCGCGUUAUAAACAAUAAUUAAUUUAGUAUAAUAUGACCAGUGAUUUUGUAUUUGUAUUUUUUUUUUAUUUUUUUUAUUUAUUAUUAUCUUUUUAUUGAUAUUAUUAUAUUAUGUUCCCGCGUAGUCGUCGCAUACAAUAGAGGCGCGUUUUGACAAUGCAGUUUUGAACGACCUGGUUAUUCGUAGUUUAGAUAACAAACUAUUCUGGCGAUAUUGUUUCCUGCAAUUGAAGGGCUCAGUACAACAACAAAGCAAAUCUAAAAUCACUUUUGAUAGUUUCGAUCACAACAAUAAAACGCUACAUAAUUUAGGGUAACAAUAAUGCAAGUCCGUCUACUAGAUACGGAGAACAUAGUGAUAAAAAUUUGUCUGGUUGAACCAAAUUCUGGAGGAAAAAAAAAAGACGAGUCCCAUAGAUACUUGUAGAUGUUUUUCUUCUCCUAAACAAUUUAGGAAAGUGGACUUGUCUUGUUUUUGCGUUUAGCUUUUUAAUUGUUUGACUACCUGAAUGCAUUUUCCGACAGUUGCAUCAUCGGAAUCAGCAAACAAUUAAAAAUUACGUUCACCUCUCUUCGAUUUCUGGUCAUUCAUUGGUAAAAUACUGUACUGUAAACAAAUUGUUUUUGCAAUAUUGUAGUCAAGUAGCAAAAACAACUGCAAACACUAAUGUAAAUUUUUAAACGCAAAAUGUUUGUCGAAAACUGCAUCGUCAAAACACGCCCAAAAUGAUUGGUUCGUUUAAUUUGUGUAAACGAUACAAACCAUCAUAAAUGUUUGUUUUAUGUUUGUUUUGUUUUUUUUUUUUUUUUUUUUUUUUUUUUUUUUUUUGUUUAUGUUUGUAUUAUUUUAUACGCAUUAUUAUUAUUAUUUUUAUUAUUAUUAUUAUAAUUUGUUGCAUGCGACUGAUACUCGCCGUAUAAUUUGUUCCUCUUUCUCGUUCGUUAUACUACAGCAUAAUAGAUGUUUGUACAUUUUUUUUUUUUCAAAACAUUUUCUCAUACAGUUUUUAAGUAGGUAUUAUUAUUUAUUAUUAUUUUUUAUUGUACCUUUUUUAUUUUUUUGUAUAUAAACGCGUUUGUUUGGUUUUUUGUUCCGUAAACGAGACUUUAUUUUUUUUUAUUACCUCCCCGGCGUUUUGUUAAAGAUUUUUUCAUGACAGUUUCAAAUUAUUAUAAUUUUGUGCCACGAUUUUAAUUUCGUCACUCGAAACAAUAUUAUUAUUAUGAUUAUAACAAAAACAACCACUACCUCCCACUUCGUUCUUUAGAGUCGGAGAACAAUUAUAUCUCCAGGAUUCUUUAAAACUGCACACAACUGAUACCGGAACGGGAAGGGGUCGGGAAACAUUGAAAAAAAAGGCGGACGAAAAUUUAAUUUUUAAAGAUUCCCAUGUUAGUUGUUACUGUUAUCACAUGUUAUCACUGUUGUGUUUUUAUUUAUGGUGCAUUAUAGCUGUGCAUUUCAAAUGUACCGCGAUUAUUUAAAUCGUAUUUAUAUGGGUACUAGAAAAUUAUUGCAUAGAGAUUAUCAGAGUUGGGCAAAUUAAUCAAUUGCUUUAACUAGUAUAAGUUAAUGAAUUGUUAAAAAUAAAUAAAUAACUGUUAAGUUAAAAGUUAAUUUUAAAAAACAGAUGAAUCCAAAUAACUAUUAUUGAGUUAAGCUGCAUAUUUUUAAGAUAAUUAUAACUUAUGUCAAAAGUAAACUUUUUUUAAAAUGUCCUUUAUUUUAAAACCAUAAGCAUAUUUUGUAUUCUGUUUAUAUAGACUUACUACUAAAAUUCGAGUGGGUAAGCCGUCUUAUAUGUAAUAAUAAUUGGAUUCACGUACAAAAUAUCUAAUUUCCGUUGAAAAAAAAAAUGCUAAAGAUACAGGUACACAGUUUUUCAUAUACAUAUAAAGUUCAACUUUUAAGAAAUAACUUAAUUUUUAACCAAAUAUCUAUAAGUUCAUAUAGUAUUUAUCAAAAGAAAUAACAGAGUCCUUUUUUAACAUUCUUUUUUUUUUUUUAACUAAAAUUUACUUAAAAGUCAUUAAAAAAAGUAAUUUAUAACUUAAAUUUUAACUAUACGCCAUUCAGCAUUAGGUAUACAGAUUAUUAAGAUACCGGGAGAUAUUAUAAAGUCACGACUGCGCAUUUCUGAAAUUAGAGCUAUGCGUUUUUCAUUAAUUAGAAUUCUAUGCAAAAGAUAUUACGUCUAAAAGCAUGUUAAAAUAAAGGCCCUUCGGGGAUUGCUAUCGAAUUUUAAUCACCGCGAACUUAUAUAACGACAAAGUUUUGCUACCGUUCGUAGUUUGACGUGCCAUUUAUUACGUUUCAUAAUAGGUGAGUACCUACUAACGUUCAAAGUGCUGCGAGGGACGAUCGAAUUAACAUAAAACAAUAAUAAAAGAUAGUGUUCAGUAAGAGCACAAUACUCGGGCGUAAUCUGUGAGCGAUUUCGAUAUCCCCGAAAAUAAACAAAUUCAGUUUUCAUAUUAGUGAAUUCGUAAAUUCGUAUGUUAGUUUCCGGUUAAAUCGAAAUUCAAAAACUAAUUAGAAAUAUUCGAAAAGAAAAACACUGAUAAUUCUACCAACAAAUACGUAUUAUAGAAACAAAAAACUUGGACAUUUUCAAACACAAGAAAAAAAUUUAAAAAGAAAGUUAAAAUAUUUUGAAAAUACAUAAAUUCAAAUUUGUAAAUAUGAGAUUUCUGUACAAUUAAAUGGCUUAGAUAUUGUAAAAUAAAAUAAAAAUCUAUAUUUUCGAUUUAUUUCCCGUUCUUCGGAAAAUUACAUAGGACCUUAAAAAGACCGACCUCCUCAGUACACAACAUUGUACAGGAGAAACCCUGUUUUCCAGUGUAAAAUUACGUAUUUUUAUCGGCCGAUAAGACCUAAAACGUUCCCUAACUCUCUCCAAAAACAAUUAUCCCCCGAGUAUAAACGCACACAUCACACUACACGAGCGACUUUGUUAAUUUAUAUUUUCCAAGCCGACACGCGUGUUCGUUUAUUAAACGAAUGAAUAAAUAAUAAUUUUCUACUGCUAUGUACUCUUCUAUGUCAUAAACAUAUAAACAGGAUGACUUUGUCGACCCAAAGGCUGACACGACCUUUUUUCUUCUUUUUUUAAAAAAACAUAUUAUGUUUUUUGCGGAGUGUUUUUUCAGUUUUCAUCAUCAGCUCGUCGGGUUAAUUACCGCCAUCGUUACAAAUACAAAAUUGCUAAAAUUUACCUUGCAUAUCGUGUUUAGUAGAAAAAAAAAUUUAACUUUUAAUUGCUACUAAACAUGAGAUUGUAGCUUUAUCUUAAGAUGUUUUAACGAAUUUUAGAAUGUUUUACGUUAUACACGGCAGGUGUCUUUUACAUUAUUUUUCGUUUAGCGCACAAGAUUACAUAUCUAGAUCAGCGGUUCCUAACCUGUGCACCGCGUGCUCAUUUCAGGGGCACUACGGCUCAUCCGAGAGUUUUACGUACAUAAUUAUUUAGCGCACCCUGUGUAUCUAAUACGAUAUUCUAAUCUGUAUCGAUUAAUACAUAAAUGACACACGCCGCAUAAAUUCAGAUAACAUUAUACACGUAUUACAUUCUCGAAUCGGCGACGUUCAAUAAAAUUUAAUCGGAACACUCGUAUAUUAUCGUAACUAUUAUUAUAGUUUAAAUUCUACUUUCAGUCUGUGAGGGACAUCUUACGUGUUAAGACGUAUUAUCGCGUUGAGAAUUGAUUUUUUCUAUACAUACAUACGUUUGUUUUUUUUCAACAUGGACCGUUGGUUGAAAAGUGGGUAUAUUAAUAAGACGCCUGCUAUAAAGUCAUCCUGGUUCUAUAAAGGAAGGAAGCAUAAUCGACGAAGAUGGAGUUCAUAAUAAUAGUCUUACUUCUCAAGGUACGAGUAGAACACUACUGCCAAGUACGGGUGACUUCAUAAACUCUGCAUCGAGAACGUCCAAAAAACGUAAAUACGAUGAAAGUUAUUUGGUGAUGGGGUUCAUAGAAACAAACGGUGGUCAGCCACAGUGCGUAAUUUGUUCAAAAGUUUUUCCUAACAGCUCUAUGUAUCCCGGAAAAUUGCGUCGUCAUUAUGAAAAAGUCCAUUCAGAUCAUGAAGGGAAACCGAUCAAUUUUUUUAAACGAAAGCGUUCUGAACUAUUGGCUAUUAAAAAAAAAAAAAAAUCAAAACGCACGUUCAAACCGAUAAUGAAAACGCAUUAAAAGCUUCCUACACGAUGAGUUAUUAUCACGUACAACCCAAAAAAGCAAAGCUCAUACCGUUGCGGAGCCUCUUAUAAAACCAUGUGUUAUUGAUAUUGCAACUUGCGUGCUUGAUGACAAAUCUGCCAAACAUUUGUCUAUAAUUCCUCUGUCGAAUAAUACAGCUGCGCGGCGAAUUGAAGAUUUGGCUACCGACGUAGCAUGUACACUUGUCUCUCGUAUUAAAUACAGCCAAUUCGCACUGCAAAUGGACGAAUCAACUGAUAUAGGAUCUAAAUAACGAUAUACUACGUGAGUUGCAUUUUUUCCACGUCUCGCGGAAACGUUCGAAUGUAUAGGUAUAUAUAUUUUCGGAGAAAAAAAAGUCACGAAAAAAAAAAACGCGACAGAAACAAACUGCAUAAGAAACGCUAGGUUACUAAUUGAUAAUUAUAGUUUGGUCGAAGUUACUUACCCGUGUUUUAAUUCGUUAAUGAUACAAUCGUAUCAAUUCUUUCAUUAAGGUACAAAAAAAAACUCGACUAUAACAAGAGUGUUUGGUAAUAUUUUUUUUUUUUUUUACAAUUUUACUGUAAUCCUCGAUGCGAAAAUAUUCUCUUAUAUCCCUUAUCAUUUUAUCCUGUUGAAAGCUAACUAACGGGAAUUAAAAAAAAAGCAGCCGAGUAAUGAAGAUGCACAAGGCUGUUAUUAUAGGUACGUUCUUCAAUAAUAAAGUUGUUUAUGUAUUUAUUCCACGGGGUCGUAUAUUUUUGCGAACGAACGAAUUUUUACAUAGUGCCGUUAUACGUAUAUAAAUAUAUAGUGAUAAACCUGUGCAAUUAUAAAGAUAUUUGAAAAAUGAAAUAUUUAAAUGAGUUAUAAUGGUGUUGUUCUGUUUUCGGAUUACGCGCGUUGGCACUAUAAUACUAUAUAUAAUAAAUAUAUACGAGUGAUUUACUACGCGGACCGGUGAAAAACCGUUUAUGGUAAAAAGUUCAAAGUUAUCGGUAUAGGUAUAUUAAUUUAAAACAACCGUUAAUAGUAAUUUUCAAUUAGCCGCGAGAAAAAAAAAACCUAUGACCCAGGUGUCACCCCAGGCCUAGACGCCGAGUCGAUGGGUAUGCGGGAUGAAGUGAGAUUUAGCCGAAAUCUCUAGAUGCGCAAAAAUAAAAUAAUUAGAAGACAGUGAAGACUGGUAGAAAUGGGAAAUGAUAAAUGGGACGGCAAGGAUCCUUUAUGGGAUUAUAAAAUCUGGUAGAACAAGAAGUUAAGCACAUAAAACACAUUCUAUUAAAACAGGGUAUUUAUUGUUUUUUUUUUUUUUUUUAAAUUUUUGUUUGAAAAUAUAUAUAUUAAUUUCGAAAAAAAUAUUUGAAUUUAAUUUAACGAUUUAAAUCAAUUGUUACAAAAUUCAGUGUUUAAUAGAUAUAUCAAUUUCAUUUUUGUUUGAUAUUUGAACAUUUCGAACCGUUAUCGCAGGGGCGUCGGGUUAGGUUAGGUAAGGCUAGGUUAGUUUUAGGUAGUCUUCGUGAAGGGAGCGGGGUUGAUAGGAACGAUCUCCUCCCCCCCCCCGAAAGAAGUGGACUUCCAUUUGGCAUAGUCAUUGGUCCAGAAGUAGGUGUGAUAAAUAUAUUAUUAAUUGAUAUUAUUUGUUUUUUCUUGUGAACGAAAAUCUUAAUUAAUAUCACAAAAUUAUUUAGCAGCAAAAUUAUAGAUAUGACCGUAACGUAUAUAACCCUGGUUCGUGGUCGUAUAUAAUAAAUCAGAGUCCGUAAUUGACGUUUGAGAAACGAGAUACCAAUUAAGAAUGAUAUGAUUGAUGAACAAUGAGCGAGAACAAACGAAAAAACAGCGGUGGAUUGCAUCAUGGCUAAAGGAACAAUAUUACAGUUGAAAUUGUUAUAUUGGUGACCUGUUAAUGUAUCGCCGUUAAAAAUAUCUUCCUAAAAAUAUUACAUAAUUUUUAACGUAUUAAUAAAGUUAACAUUUAUGAUUAAAAUACGAUAAUGGACGUUCAUAUUUCACACUGACUGAACUGAAACUUUGCACAACCACAGUUUUAAGUACGGAAAUCGAAGGUCAUUUUUGUUGAUUAGGUUAUCUCGGUGAUACGGAUGAAAAAAAAAAGAUUAAAACAAAAAAAAAGGACGAGCAUAUUUUCGCGUGGGUGCAGCCACUGUUGUAGGCGGGAAGUUGGGAAGGUAGGAUACGGGUGAGAAUUUAAUGUAUAUCUGUAAACAACGAUGUACCAUUGCAAACGAAAUAACGAUUCUGAGUGGAGUUCAGUGGACAGUGUUGUUUUGUCAACAAUAUAUAUGCCAUAUUAUGGUAAAAUUAUUACAACAAUGUGCGUUUCAAUGAUAACCAAUAAUUGUUUAAAAAAAGAUUGAAACAAUAACAAAAAAUAAAUAAAAACGUUUGCAAAUGGCCACCCUAUUAUUAAUCUCUUAAUCUUUUUUAACCUAAAGGGCCGGGUUUUCGUCAUUAUCUCGAAUAUUAAUAAGAAUUUUAAACAUGACCUUUUUCAAGUAUCACUCAGAGAAGAUUUACUUUCAGAAAAGGUACUAUACUUGAUAGCCGGAGUAAGUUGUUUGGCAGAAAAAGUAUUCACGUAUAAAAAAAAUUAACAUCUUUGUAAAACCAAUACAUUCUUCGCUAAACUCAGAAUCGAAUAACAUACAAUGUUUAUGGUACUAUACUACUAUUGGUUAUGAUGAGUAUUUUUCCCAGUUAUUUUUGAACUCGGUUUCUACUAUAGACAACUAACAGAGAUAAUGAUAAUGAUUGUACUUCGUAAUUCCGUCUACAUAUUUCGUCCCACUUACCAAUACAGAUAAUCUAAUUUGAUUAUAAUCUAUAACAGUUUAGACGAGAGAUGAUAGGAUGUAAACUAAUAUUAUUUUUCACAAUAUAUUUAUUUAUUUAAUUCAAUUUUAAAAACAUAAUUGAACCUCUUUCAGGUUGAUCAGGUGGCAAUAACCAUUUUUUUUUUAUAUUUUUCGUAUUGAAGAUAAUUUAACGGAGACGUUUUGUUGAAGACGUUGACGUAGAACCUAUUAUAUUAUGAGAAAUUAAAAAAUGUAUACGUUUCUACUAUAUUAUACGUAUACUAUGAUGAUGCGUGCUUAAUAAUGUAAUAUUUUCGUAACACUAAUAUGUUUUGAGGGGAAGGGUUCUAUUUAAAUUCUAUAUUAUAUAAAAAAUAUCCGAAUACUGUGGAUAUUAUUAAUUUUUUAAAUUAUUUCACCCUUUCCCCCACAGCCAAGAUCCGGAGACGCUCACGCAUCAUCGUCGUCGAUUAUACGAAUGAACGGUUAAAUAUUCACAAUUCGGAGUACCCAACCACGCAGAAAAACGUUAAAUUUCCACAGAAUUGCUUGCGUAUUGUGGUUUCUUUCUAGAGUGGUCACGAUAGCACGUGGCAAUUUCACGGUGACCUCAGUCGAACACUUGGGUAUUAUUAAGUGGUAGCGUUUAUAAAACUAUGUCAACAAUAAUAUUUUAGACACGAUAUCGUCGUUUAAUUACUUUAUAAUAUUGUUUGCGUGUUGUUUUCACGGGGCGGUUUCGAGAGUUUUACUCCGAAUAGCCUUUUGACAUUUUUCGUUCAUGCGUCGAGUCCCGUAGGGAAAAACUACAUCAAUAAAUUACACUUGUAUAUAAAUACAGGGUAUCCCACGAAGGUAUACUCGCGCAAUAUCUCGGGAGAUAAUAAGGAUAAUCGAAUCCUGGUUUAGAUUCUGAGAGGAGCGAGGAAUGUAUUGGUUAUACAAUGGUGUUUAUUUGUUUUUUUUGCGAACACCUUUUCUACCAGAAAUUUGUCUACAAUUUUCUUAUGUACUACCAUUUCAGUCGUUUUAUGAUUCUCCCAGGGGUUUUCGCGAUAAGUGGGAAAAUCAGAAAAAAAAGUAGAAAAAACAGGAAAAUUUACAAAAUUGAUCGUAAAUAUUACGGUAGCCUUUCAUCCGAAAUCUACUCAGAACUGUUUUCGUUAGAAAUGAUUAAUUCGUUGCGUACUGAUAUGUAUUAAAUGAGUCAAAACUUAAAAAAAUAACUUUUUAUUUUAUUCAUUUAUAAAACCUUGAAAGUAGCCAUUCUAAAGAUUUUAUACUAUUCUUCUUGAAAUGUUAGCGUACGAGUAUUAACUUUUGUUUUCAUUAAAUUCGGGAUUUAUAAAGGUUUAGAGAAAAAAAAAAUGUGCAGCCAAUUAGUUAUAACUUAUAAUAUUAAUAAUCAAUUAGCAAAUCCGAUUACAGUCUGCCGUAUAACUAUACGUACUAUUAUCUGAACUUUAAAAAAUUAUUAAAAAUUACGAAUUUAAUGGAAAAUUAAAAGUUGAAUCAUAAACAUUUUUAGAAGUCAACUAAAAAAUUAUUUUUUUAGUCUUAUUGUUUUUUACAAAAACAUAAAUAUUGAAUACAAAUAUAAAUAUUUGUAAUUCUUAUCUCUGCGAAUAAUAUAUUGAAAAAAAAAAAAAACAGAAUUUUAUUAUCUUUAUCAUAUGAGGGAGGUAUAACAAUAGGUAUAUUAUAUUCGUAGAAACCCCUUUAUAUACAACUUCCGCCAUUCCAUAAACUCCAUGCAUUUAGGUACGUCAUAAUUAGUUUUUGUUUUUAAUAUUUCGAUACGGUCAAUUGCAGGUUAAGGGUGGAUUCGCACUAUACGGAACGUCGACGUCACGUCACAGACCGGCAACGUCACGUCAAAAUAAAUCUCCGUGUAUUUAAAUGGCAAUGUUCACACUGACCGGCAAAGUAACGUAUCGCCAACGUCACGGAACGGAAAGUUUUAUCGAAAACUAAUUUUUGACGUGACGUUCCCGAUCAAUUUUGGUAGUAUGAACUCGUAAUUAUAACGGAUCAUCCGUCAUAUUAUAUUAUAUUGAUUAUGACACAUUCUAAAAUAAUCGUAAAAGGAAAUUUCUUCAUAUUCCGAUUCCUCGAAUAAAGUGUAGUAUUCUCUUUCAAAUUUUCGCAUAGUAAAUAUUUUUCUAAUCCAUGAUUUCUUGGCUGUUCUUUUUCUCUUGUUCUCUUUUUCAUCGUUCAAAAUUGGCGCAAUCGUGGUCAGUUAUUUUGUACCAAAAAUUUCAGCAUGUUAUAAAAUUGAAAAUUCCACAGGAAACACGGAAAACAGAACAGACAAACGUACGAGCACAACGGACCGAUAGACACUAGACAGUGUAGGUAUUUGCGUGACGUUGCCGGUCAAGUGUGAAUGUAUUCCUUUAUUGACGAUGACGUCGCCGGUCUAUGACGUGACGAUGACGUUCCGUAUAGUGCGAAUCGACCUUAAACCGUAAAUUCACAAACACUAACAAGCUACGUAUAGGCCAUGACUCAUGGUCUACACGGACUCUAAUUUAACCGAUAGCAGUCAGGAAUCUGUUUUUCAAUAAUACUUCAAAACCGCGGCCAUAAGGAAAGUAAAACCUUAAGAGGGCGUGAUAUCCUCGUUAAACAUGUUGCAUCCGUCUCACAAACGUAUGAUAUAGCAUAUAAGCGUUCAGCGGGUAAAAAUAUUGUACGGUUAGUUCAAAUAUUUCACUUACUAUCAAACUAAAAUAUUAGAGCGUUAUAAGAGCAAUGUCGGCGCUAUUAUUUUUAGCGUCUCUACCGGACCGUAUACACGGUUCCUUCGAAACACCCGAUUUUUUCCGUUUCGCUUCUCGCGCCAAAUAAAUUUUCGACGGGUAGUUUUCUAAACUCGAAGUCUGCUUGAAGAAUUUCACGCCACACUGCCGUUCAGUAAAACGGUUUUACGACACUUUACUAUAUCGUAGCGUGCACUUUAUCUCGGCUCGGACUUCAGCUCGCAUCGUUAAACGGUUUUAAACGCGAGCUUCUCGUUUUAUGCACGGUUACGAAAGCACCGUUAUAAAAGAAUAUAUCGCUGCAGUGUGUGUAAAGCUUUGCUGGCACGGUGUUCGGGACAUUAUAUUCCCUCGGCGCUUUUGUCUUUUAACACAUAUCUACUCGCCCAUUGCCGAAUCAGUAUAACGAUAAUCUUUGUUCGCCUAUAUAGGACGUUUGAGUGUAGCGCACUCGAAAGAGUCUAUGUACCGCGAGAAUAUAAUACGCGAUCGGUAUAAAUUUUAUAGUGCAACAAUGUAAUCGAUACGAUGCGUUUUAUUACUGCCACUAAGCAGAAAAAUAAUAUAAUUUUUAACAGCCCCGGAAAAAAAUCAACGAUCGAGGGGCCUUCACCGCAUAAAAGGAAUACUUUUGUACACUUUUUCUGAGGUUCAUUUAGGACCGAUUGACCCCAGUAACAUUUUUAAUGUCAAAUUAUUAACAUUACAGAUACGUUUAAUAUAUCAAGCGUUCCUUUAAUAUCAAUUUUAAAUUUUGGUUUUCAACAAUAUUAAUAAAGAUAUUUCGAAAAUGUAAAUAUUUCAGUUAUUUACGUAAAUUAAUACGAAAUUUAUCCUUUGUUUUUAUCGCAAAAUAACGUUUUUAGAACGCCGAACCAAACCUUAUUGCAUUUUCUUUUGUGAUUUUAUAAAAUGUAUUUGUCUAAAAAUAUUAUGUACAAAAUAUUACUGAUGGCGUGUAUAGUCUUUUACCUUCAUCUCGCGGUAGCGGGCUCGUCCAUUACAGAUCUAAAAAGAAACAUAGUUAACAACAUUGAAAAAACAAUAAGAGCAAACAGAAUUUGUUUCCUGUAUCAGCCAUUUAUUUUUAAUAAUAAUAAAUCUCACUAAUUUUCCUACAUCCGUAAUUUCACCUAAUCCACGUGAUGAUAAUCCGCAUUAAGUCGGCAGACAUGAAUCUCAUCUACCCUAAUAACUUUUAACCACCUCCGGCCCACUAUUACGUUCCGGGGCACACAGCUGUCUUCUUGACGGUAAUCUCAUCAGUCAUCAUCGUUUCUCCUUCACUCGACCGCCAUUCCAAUCGGUUUUAUCUCGUUUUUCCUACUAUACCGAGUAAAUAAAUACCUAUAAAAAAAAAUCUUAUUGACAAAUAUUUUUUUUUUCAAAAUACAAAUAAAUAUACACCGACAGUAGGUAAGUAUGUACAUAAAUAGUCGUCGUAUCACGUCUAAUAUUGUAAUAUUUUAUUAAACGUGUUUUCGUAUAUUAUUUUUGUUUUCUCCAAUAUAAGAACAUUUCCGGUGAUAUGGACUCGCAACUUCGUUGGGUCCAUCAACUUCUCACGGUCGAACAACAGUUCCUGUUGUGCAUGCAAUUUGGUAUUGGCAGAUAUCUAUUGCCGUUGGCCGAACGCAAAGACGUGCUUAAGUCCAAAGAACACGCGGCCCUCUUUCAAAACGCCCAAGAGGUAGGUACCGAAUAGUAAAUAACUAUAAUAUAUUGUACAAACAAACAAAAACUAACAACAAAAUAAUGGUUUGAGUGGUUAUUCAAAAAUGAAACGCAUAAAAAAAAGGCUAACAUAAUUCACACGUGGCUGCAACCACUGUUGUAGAUGGGAAGUUGGGAAAAUAGGAUAUAGAAAGAAAUUCAAUGUAUAUCUGUAAUCAAUGAUAAACUGUUGAUAAGGAAAAAGCGAUUCUGAGCAGAAUUCAGGUGAUAGUGUGUGAAGUAACUUGAAAGUGUUUAUGGUUCACUACUAAGAAAUCUUUUUGGUUUUUUCUCGUAAACCCUUUUUUGGCAAGUAAAAAUUUUCUAAAUUGUUUCCUUCAAUGAUAUAUAAUAUUUGUUCAACAAUGCGGCGGCACGCUGUAAAUAUUUAUCAUUUUACCUAUAAUUCUCUUUAGAGUUUUUCCCAAUUAUUUUGAAAAUUCCUUAGAAAAUCAAAAAAUGACCUUACAAUGAAUUAACUAGAUACAAUUUCCGUUUAGAACUCCUGAUACAUCGGAGUAAGAUUUCUGGUAGAUAAAUUGCUUACAAAAUAAAAACAGAAGAAAAAAUAUAAACCUCAUUAUAGAACAUUCUGAAUCUAAAAACAAAAUUGAAAAUAAUUAAAACAUUAUUUUCGUAAAUUUCCUCAUCCUUUCGACGUUUUUUUCGGUUUUGCACAAUUAUUAAAUAAACUACAAGGACAAUCAAAAACGAUUCUGUUACUCAUCAACUAAAUUAAAAAUACAACACCAAUGAUCUCUUGUCGUUUUUUUAUUAAAGCAAUAUUUCUGAUAGAAAAUUUAAAGCGUAUAAAUUUAAAAUAAUGGAAUCGUAACGCCACCGUAAAUUUGUCAGUUUUCAGUUUAUGUUUUAUUCCGGAUUUUCAUAAUCAUUUUGACAAAUACUUGAUAAAAUCGAUAUGAAUAAAACCAAAUAGAUAAAAUUUUCUUUCAGAAAAGAUGCUACACUUGAUAUAUCAAAGCAAGAUUUUCGGUAGAAAUUGUGUAAACAGGUUAAAAAGGACGGACAUACUUCGCACGUGGGUGCGGCCACUGUUGUAAGUGUGAAGUCGGGAAGAUAGGCUGUAGACGGGAAUUUAAUUUGUAUCUGUAAGCAACAAUAUAUCAUUGUUAACGAAAAACGACCCUGAGCCGAGUUUAAUUGAUAAUGUUGCUUUGUCAACAAUACAAUAUGGUAUUAUGUGAUAUUAUGGUAAAAUGAUAAAAACAAUGUGCGUUUCCAUGACAACAACGGUUGUUUAAAAAAUAUUAAAAAUAAUAAAACUUAAUAAUGACAAAAAAUAAAUAAAAAUGCUUGUCAAUGACAACCUUAUUUUUAAUUUUUCAAUUUUUUUUAACCUUUUUUUUCCUCAUUAUCUCGAAUAUUAAUGAAAAUUUCAAAAAAUGACCUCUCUAAAGUACCACCCAGAGAAUACAGUGAUCCAUGUUUAGACCCCUGAUAAUAUAUUUCAUUCCGACUUUGAUGUACCUACAUUGUUCUGAAUAUUCUAUUGUUCCGAAUUCUUCAUUACCUUGCAUAUUUACACGGACAAUAAAAAAAUAUAAUUAUAAUUAACAACACGAAAAUAUGAAACGUUGUUUAUUUAUAAUAUAGUUAUUGCACAUCACGGUGGAUACAGUUGAACGAAUAAUCGAAACGGACUGGAAAAUGUUGGCGCGGGAUACGUGCAAUGUGUACGUGAACAAAAUCGACCAGUUCAACGCAGAAUAUUACAAGUACUGCAAGGGCAUCAUACAUGCCGAUUGCGUACUCGUGGACAAGGUGCGGAAUCCCAACUUCCUAGACCUCAUCAAAGACCCGCCAAUACCCGACCGGAGACCCGACCUGUUCACCUUCAUUCACAAACCGUUGGAAGUAAGAUAACACAAUAAUAAACAACCAACGAUGGGAGAAUUCGCAUUUUAUAAUAAUUGUAGACUGCUAGCCUACGCCAAAAUAGCUAAAAUCUUUUUGAAGCCCCGUAGUAUAGUGAUGAUUCGAGAAAAAAAAUACGUUUCAAAAUUAUCGCGUAUAAUAACUACGCGUAUAGAUAUACUUAGUACUACCAACUUACUUAUUUUGCCCACAUAAAUGUCCGUAAAAAAUUAAAAAAAAAAAAAAAACGCUUAUUAAACUAUACGGGUAUUUUUUUUCCUAAAUAUUCUUUGUUUUAGCAUAUGUGUGCGAAACUUAUGUCUAAGAAUCGCAUAAACUAAUCUUUUAUUGUUUUCAAUUUCAUAAACCACGUCGUUGCGCUUAUUGAUAAUACCGUACACGAUAAUAUUCGAUGAUGUUUGAUUUUAUUUAUAAUACUUUUUGUCGGUUUUUGUCGUUGUAUAGCAUUACAGAAACGUAUUGAAAUGCAUGCAACUCAUACAGACUAAUACAGAGCCGGACGACGAAAUCUUCGAAGCUUUGUCACACAUCGUUCACGAAAUGCAGGUAAUAAACCAAUAAACAAAUAAAUAGUUUCGUCUGCAGUUAAUUAUGUAGAUAAGUAUGCCUAAUCAGUUACCAAAGAAUUUCAGUAACGUUUAUAAAUCAAAAUACCGAAAACUCGCACUGUGUCACACGGAACAGUUUUUGUUUUAUAGUUAUAUUAUUGUAGACAGGCUGAUUAUGAGGUAAUUUUAAGAUUAAAAAUACGGACAUACUUCGUUCGAUGGGUGGGCCACUGUUGUAGGUGAGAAGUUGGGAAGGUAAGACAUAGAGGUGAAUUUAAUGUAUAUUUGUACGAAAUGAAUAAUCAUUGCUCAUAAAGAACGAUUCUAAACGGAGAUAGAGGUUAAUAGUAUUGCUUUUUCAAUAUGUCAUAUUAUAAGGUUUUUCUUGUCAUUUUUCGAUUAAAGUACGAAAAUUCAGUGGAAAAUAUAAGUUAAAAAAAUGUAAAAUUGUAAAAUCUUUGCAUCGUAAAUAUUUGUCCGUUUGUCCCUUCGUUUUCCCAACGUUUUUUCUAGGUUUUUCUCAAUUAUUAUGAAAACCGCUUGGAAAAUCAAAAAAUUACCUCCUUCUUAAUUAAAGCACAAACCAAAUAAAAUUUUCUUUCAGAAAAAGUGGUAUAUUUCAACACUUGAUACAUUGGAACAAGAGUUCUGGUAGAAUUUGCGUAUACUGUAUAAAAAAAAAGCAAUAGGAACAUAAUUGUAAAACCAAUGUAUUGCAAUAAUAAAUUAACGAUUAACAAUUAUUAGCAAUAAUAUAUUAGGCAACAAUACACAAAUGCGUAAACUUAAUACUUGGAACAAAAAUGCUUUGAAUCUAGUAAAUUAUUAUAAAAUAAAUAAAACUUGGAUUAAUUUUCUCGGGCAAGAUUUGCGCAGACUUUAUAGUCGACUACAUUUUAGUCAUGUUUGCGCAGUAGGUUUUCCGUAAAAUUUUAGACUAGAACGAGUGCGAAAAUGAAUUUGCUAGAGAAGUGGAAAACAAAAGACGGAGAUGUUUAAAAUAACUUUAUUGGAUAUUUUGCGAUGGGUCGGCAGGGAUAAAAGUUUGAAUAUCAUUAAUCGCAGAAUGAAUAUCCGGUAUUUGAUAUGAAUCUCCUUUCGAUCACGAUGUUUGUUUGACACGUCUCGAUCAAACUGCAACUUCAGUCGCAAAUAUUUCUUUAAUACUCGUGUCCCUAGAUUGACGAAGAUGUUGAAUUUUACAGACGACGUAUCGGUUCAUAACGAUGGAAUCCGGCCAAACGGAACCGGACGUCGAGAAUAAACCUUUACUGUCGCUCGGCGAUCUAGAAGCCCGCCUGGUUUUCACGCGGUGCAAGGUUAGUAUAAAUAUAACGCGACCGUACCGUAUACGUACCUAAUGGCUUUUUAUAUGUCCAUCAUUAAUCAUUUCGUUAAAAUGUCAGCCAUUCACGUUAAACACGCCGGACCGCCGUUGGAUAUUUGCCGGUGACCUCAGUCGGGUAGAAGGAAGAUCCGUUCGAUCUUAUUGGGCCCUGCUGUUUUCCGACAUUUUGCUGUUUACAAAAGUCAGCCGGGAUCGCGUUUUGUUCGUCACCGACGAACCUUUACCGCUCACGUCGAUCGUUCAAACACAAUUCUCCGUCAAGAAAAAAGGUACCGCUGUGGUUUCUUUUUAGACACGUAAAAUUUCGUACUACGCUUUUUUACAUCAACUAUUUUUCUAUUUCUAAAACGGAUUCAUACAUAGUGUCCAAAGACGAAAUUCCGUUAUAUUCUUCACAUACAAUAUCGUAUAGAUGGGAAAACGUUAAUCGUUAAUUUUUUAAAACGAAUAUAAGACGGUUAAUAUAUGUUUGAAAUUUGCAUAAAACCAUCAUACUCGAUUUCAGAUACAGAAUUUCGGUUAGUAAUCAGUAAUGGGACAGACUCGUCGUCGUGUCACAGCAGUCCGGCCAUGACCGGAUGCAGUCCAUUGUUUGCGGACCUGUCGGGUACUCUGUCGAGAUUACCGAAAAACAAAGGCAGAGUGAUCGUGCUGCGAGCGCCCAAAGCCGAACUGAAAGCCGCUUGGCAAAAUCUCAUCCAGCGACAAAUGUAAGUCGUCGCAAUAAAGUUAUAUAGAGUAUAAUCAAUUUAUCAUAAUCACGCGAUUUUUUCGCGGGAUUUUUAAGUGAAUUUUGAUUUUUGUUUUUUUCAAUCGUAAUGACUAAGCUUUAUUUGAACGUUUUGUAAUACUGUUUAAAAUUGUAACUCAUACCCCUUGUGCCUUAUUUAAGUAUAUGCACUUUAGUUUUUCAAAUAACAAUCCCCUCCUCCCCUUUGAACAACGAAUUCGAGUAGUGGCUAUUUUUCUAAAAUAUUUUACAUGCAUAACAUUAAUAUCGUAUUAUGCGUCAUCGUUUUCUUAAAAAUCUGUGUAAAAGAGGAUGACAUAAGAGCAUAUGCUUUUUCCGUCUUACAUACGUAUGGUAUAACAAAUAUGCGUUCAGCAAGGAAAACGAUGUUUUAAUGUUAGAAACGUAUUAAUAUAUCUUCAAAUUAACAGAUAAGAACAUUAUCAGAGCAAUUAGCAUAGGUUAUUCUCAAUGUUCUAAUUGUUAAGUGAGAUGUAAGCAUUUUGAAAUUUUGAUAUUUCAUAUACUAAUAUAUCUCUCAAAAGAUUAAUUUAUCGACAAAUUCGACAUAGUUUCACAGAUAAUGUGCUUAUCUUUAAUUUUUAUAAUUUUAUUCUAAUAUUAUUAAACUAACAGCACACGAGUUAGGCUAGGUCAGGCUUAAUUUAGUUACCCAAAUUAAUUAAUUAAAAACAAUUUAGUUGACUUGCCCAACUUUGAAUGUUCCCGAUGAUAGGUAUUUUGUAUUAUAUAAAAACCAUUUGUCGGUGGAAUGCAAGAACGAAAACAAAAUAUAAAAGAGCUAAUAAUAAUAGUUGCUGACGAAUGUACCUUUGUUAUGUGGGAAGUUGGGGAGACAGGAUACAUUGUUUAUUUAAUUUAUAUCUCAAUGAAACGAUAAAUCGUUACUUACAAAAUACGAUUCUGAGUAAAGUUCAACCUAUUUGAAAUGCCGUGAUUUUUAAGAUUUUCGUCAAAGUUUGAACAUGCUUUAAAAAAAAAAAAAACUACUGCAUAUCGCUCAGCUUUUUUUCACCACCAAUCAAACUCAUGUUAAGUUUUCAAGUAUUUUUCCUGUGCUAAAACAAUUGUAUCCGCAAAAUACCAAUUACAAAUGUCCGAUUAUCCUCCUCAAUCAAACAACUAGAUAACAUUUUUUUUUUCUAAAAAAUACGCUACAUAUUUAAAAAUCGGUUCGAGAUUUCCGGUAGAAAAUUCGGUUUAAGACAGAGAAUAAGAAAAAACAAAAAAAACAACGAUAAAAUAAAACACUUCAUAGAGAGACGAAUGCAUUCCUCGCUGCGCUCAUAAUCUUGAAAAUCCAUUUGCCGGAACAAACCGCGCAUUUUCAGUUGGUUUUCCAUACGGGCCAUUGGAAAUACACAUUAAUACACAUACGAAAAUACAUGAAUAACCAACAUUAUGUUUCGCCCGCGGUCGCAGCUGUGGUUAAAAUGUGGUCGCGUCUCUGAUUGCAGAUUGGCGCUGGACAAAAACGCGUCGGCGCUGGACGGUAAGUGUAAACGCGAAUCGUCGUCAAAAGCGGAGCCGCCGGAUUCGCCGGACGACCUGCUGAUGAACUCGCUGGCCACGUUGGACGACGACGACGUCUACGCUGACAGGCUUAAGGUACAGUGUAAGCUCCCGCUAAGCAACCCGACCACUCCCACGGGAACCGCGCCGCCCGUCGCCGACCGUUAUCCCGUCCGUCCGCCGUCCUGAGAUUCGGUUUCCCGGCCGAACCGGUGCUGUAGUCCCACGAGGUUCUAGAGCGCCGGCGCCGACAACGGCUGGCCGGGAACGAUUGAAUAAUAAUAUACUGAUAAUAAUUGUUUAGUAAUUUUAUGAUUAAGGGCCCCUUGUGCGAAAAUGUGCUCGAAUCGCUGAUAACAUAUUAAAAUACGAGAGCCAAUCGGAAACGACAGUCGUUUAGUUUACACGUACACGCGCGACCACGGAUCAAUGGCGUAGCCGGAAUUUUUAUAAACGGGAGGGGGCCGAUAAAAAAAAAAAAAAAAAACAUAUCAAAAUUAAAUUAAAAAUAUUAUUUACACUAGAAUAUCAUUUAGCGACUCGUGUAUAUACUGAUAAGCGAGGUAGGAUUGCAUAUCGAUAGAUUUUUUUUCGUUUGUUUUAUAUUUAAACAUAAUAUUAUACUCAUUUCGUCCAUAAUAUAAUUGCCGUUGAUUUAGAGAGACGGUAAGAAAUCUGAAAACAGAUUCGAAAUUUCCACUGCAAUAGUAUAUUCCUUUUCUUUUUUUAAGGAUAUUUAAAAUAACUAAAAUAAUGCAAUUUAAACGUAUAAAAUCAUCUAGAACUUUCACCUUUGAUUGCCUACAUACAGAAUUAAAGAGUAAGCUAUUAAUUUGUCAGAACUUCAAUUUAUUAUCUAGUGUAAUAUUAACUACAUAUUAACUACUGCGAUUCCAUUUCAUUAUUUUGAAAUUUUUUUUUACGAUUAUAGCUGAAUGUGAAUUUGAAUGAUAUUGAAUUAAUGUAUUCUACAAUUUUUUCAAAGGUCAUACUUCAAAUUAGGCCAAGGAUUGGACCGGGGGUUAUAAAUAAAACCAAAGACUAGAUUAAUACCACUUAAUAUAUCAACAAAUAUAUUAAAUAAUUUCUGAUCGCGGUUUAGUUUCUUGUAAGUCACUAUUAUUAUCUCGUGUCAAACAUCUUUGUAUAGAAAUAUGAUAAACUAAAUUAAUAUUAACAUUACAACUAUGAGUCGGUAAUAUAAAAUAAGUAAACACGAAUAAAUAAAAUGAAAUAAAAUAAUAAAUAAUAAUAAUAAAUAGUUAAUUUGGUGUCAGUUUAGUUUAACGUACUAUAUUGGGAGUCGUGUGUGAAAUUCUUUUUUGACAAAACUUGGCAACUUUUGUUUCUUCCCUGGUCGCUGACAUGAUAUGGUUCCUACACAUGAUGGUGUUUGGGCAGUUUAUUAGGUGGGUCUGAGUCUGUUCACAAUCACAAUAUGUAUCUUCAUAUGGAAUAAGACCCCAUUUUAACUGGUUUUCUUUGAUCGCCCAACCCCUACUCUUACUCUAUUUAUUGUUCUCCACACUGGCCAACUCUAAAUUGUUCUCUGCAGGCAGGUUGUAACAUGACGUAAUAGACUACACGUUGACUUGGUAUUAGUUGAUUGUUUAUUUGUGUUUUUUUAUUACACGAAUUAUGUCUUGUAUAUUUAAAAUGUAUAAUUAAUAUUUCACAAUAAAGUGAUAUUUACUCGCAUGGAAGCGCACAAUAACAUAAAAGCACAAUACAAUACAAUGGCAUGAACAACAUAUCGUAUAUAAGUGCGGGCAAUAACUUACGAUAAAACUCCCCAUCACGGGCAAGGUGCUACGAAAGAUUCUGUAGCUUUGUAGCAGCGUCGAAGAUGAAGGCGUAAUGUCCCUCGUCUGUGGUGGACUGGAGCUACUGACUAAGCGCCGUGCUGUUGAUUCGUCUGCUGUUAGUUUCCUAAUUAGAGAGUUCCUAGCGUUUAUCUUUUGUCUCGUGUUUGCACAGUGUUGUUUAAACGUUAACGAACGAUCCAGCGUUACCACUAUUAGAUAUUAAGAAAAAGUGGUAAGCUCGAGUUCUUUUCCUCGCCGUAUUUCUGAUUUGCUUGUCUAGUACGUAAAUGGAAGGCACAUAUCUGGGUUUUAUCUAGAUUAGAUUUGAGGUGGUUUUUCUGAUAAUAAACUAGAAUGGUCUGAAGUGAAAUAUUCAUGUUACUCUCUACUUCCUUAAAAUUAUGACCUUGGAUUGCCAGAGUCACGUCAUCUCGUCAUCUGCGUGUAUGAAAGAUUUUGCACCUGAUUGUGUUGGAAUAGAUUGAUCAUUUUUAUAGACGUUGUAUAGCAUUGGAGCCAAGGCGCUGCCCUGUAGAAACCCAUUCCUCUGGGUUCUCUAUCUACUCUUUUUGCCUUCCAGAACUACAUAAAACCGUCUGUUGAGGAGUCAUGUCCCAAAAGCUUUUACUAGUUUGUAGUUUUCAGUGAGUUUAUAUAGUUUCUCCAGAAGUAAAUUGUGGUUUACAGUAUUACAGGCCGGUGUGAGGUCUAUGAAGAUUACGCCGGUGAUCUUUUUUUCUUCGUAACCAGUUUCGAUAAAUUGUAAUAAGUUGAGAAUUUAGCUUGUGCAUGAUUUUCCAGGCCUGAAGCCCGCUUUUUCUUCAAGGAAUUUGUUGUCGACAGUAGGGCCUAAUCUAAUAAGGAUUAAUUUUUCAAAUAAUUUGUAUAGAUAUCAUAAGAAAGAGACAGAGCGGUAACUUUUGGGGUCGUCAGGGUCCUUUCUAGGUUUAAGGAGUGCAAUAAACAUUGCUUUCCUCCAUAUUUUGGGUAUCUGAUAAGUAAUUAUUACUUCGUUAAAUAAGUCAAAGGCCAGUUCUUGGUACCCUACUCAAAAUGUUUAAUCUGUUCUGUCAAGAUAACGUCCAAGCCUGCAAUUUUCUUGUUUUUAAGUCCUUUGGUUGUUAGAUUUAGUUCUUAUUCCAAGAAUAUACUUAUUAGCAUUGAUGAUUGUCAACCCCUUUUUUAUUUAUUCUUGACCAGUAAUUUCUUUUGUCCUUUGAAUUCUCAUGAUUUAUCUUACCGUUUAGGAGUAGUUGAGGGGCAACUUAGUUUGCAGUUACUGUCAUUGUAUUGUGAGAUUUUGUAGGAUCGUCGUCAAGUCUUAAUCAGAUCCCACGCUUUUUUGCUGCUGUGUUUCAUGUGUUUUAGUCACCAAUUUGUUUAUUAAAAAUUUAUUUGCACACAAUAUGUGUACUAUCACUAAAAACCUAAAUAUAUUGAACAAGAUGCCCAUCAUUUUAUCUAACUAAUAAUAACGUAUAUAAUCACUAUUCAAUAGCCAUGACAUCAACGUGAUAGUCACUACAGCCAGGGCCAUAGUCUCGUUUUUUGUGCGGUCAUCCAUUUGAUGGCUGUAAAAUAAAAAAAUACGUCCUAGGAUAAUGGGGAAUCGGUUUUAGAUGUUUAAGUAAAAGUUUCUCUAAGAGUUUAGAGAAACUUGGAAGGAGUGAUAUCGAUCAUCACCGCUUUGGACGAAUUUUCAGACAAUACUAUGACAUUAUUUACUUAACGUCGAUUCCCGUACAAACGGUUCUAGCGAUUCAUAACGGCUGUAAUGCUGAAUCCUACGGGUGGGCGUUAACCAAAUAUCCCAAAUAUUAUAGUAUAUACCGUCAUGAGCUAUCGCUGCCUAUCGCACAAUCAAUGAUGCUAUAUGACGUACAAACCCUUAUAAAACGACUUCGGACAGGUAUAAAUCAGUAGUGCGUAAUAAUAUAGAAAAUACGCUCUAGCUGCGAACGAUAAUAUGUAAAAUAUGUUAAAUCAUUUGAGCAUUGCAGCUAUCGCGGUAUAUUGUUGCAUGCUAUUAUGCUAUACCUAUAUAAUACAGGUGUAUAUAGGUAUAUAUUUAUAUAUAGAUACAAAUUAAUAUGGUGUAGCUAUUGUACGUACCAGCUACUUAUAGAACGGCAACUGUAAAAUACAUAAUUAUUGUGCACAACGUGUAUAUUAUAAUACAAUUAUUAUUUUACGACUUAUUCGUAUUGCAGUGUAGAUAUCCCGUAGAUUAACGUAAUACUAAUGAUAUCAUAAUACGUAGAUAAACCGUGCAUUACAUUCGCGGUUUUGUCAACUUAGGUAUGAGCUAUACGGCGGUAUGUAACUUGGGUAUAAGUGUAUACCACGUUUAAGUCAACAUGCUAUGUAUGAGAGAGACAGGAUCAUUCAGCUGACUUUUUCGACGAGAUUUUAAACAAUUUGAUUGUAUACACUUUGAUAAUAAAUAUUGGAUCUCACGAAUUUUACAUUUUACUAACAUCGUAGUAUUCCUAUCGGUGUGUUAAAUUCGUGUCCCAGUACCUAUUACAUUAUUAAAAAGAGGACUGUGAAAUUGUUUACAACCUCAUUUCGAAAAGUGAAACGCACGAAUAUACUCGCAUAUGGUUUUAUAGAUUCGAAUAAUUCGUUAAUAUUGCAUGUUACUACGUGGAAGUGUGUAUACGUGAACUGGGUAACUCUAAUAUUUACAGAAUUCAUAAAGAAGUUUUCUCCAAUGUGAAAUUUAUAAAAAUAUCAUGGAAGAAGUGAACAAAUUUUCCGUUGACAUAAUAUAUUGCGGGCUAUUUUCAAUUAACUUUUGACAUUCGUUGGCCGCAGGUGAACCAAAAUUACCAGUAUUGGAAUGUUUGAAGUUAUGUUUUAUGGUUAUUAUUCCUUAUAAGGGGCGCGGUAAAAGAACUGAUCCCAUCUUUAUUGAUAUCACUUUCUGGGUUCCUAUGCGUUCUGUAAAUUUACUUUUUAGUCUAGUAUUUUUUUAAAACAUAUAUAAUGCAUUCGGGUAACGUCAAUAUCGCAUAUAAUGUAUAAAUACAUAAUAUUUUAUUGCAUUUCAAUAUAACGUUUUAGUAAUGCACGGUCAAUCUAUUUAUUAAAAGUCCACGAGAUAUAGAACACCUACUGUUGUAGUGGCUUAUUACAUUAUCAGUAUUUUAUCUGUAUAUAGUCGUUUAGAGUACAUUUUUAGAGCACACAGGGCGCCGUCAUCUUCUAACUAUUAAUUUUGUUUUUUUUUCAUCGACUAAAAUCGCCGUCAAUAGUAUUAUAAAAAAUAAUACGAGGCGACGUAACAUAAAAAUUCGAUUUACUCACAUCUAUAAUAAUAUUUGUAUACAUGCAUUAUGACCUCUAUGUAUUAAUCGAUAUUAUAUUAACAAUAAUUAUAUAGCUGUAAAAACAAUAGGUAUAUUAUUUAACAUAGGUACUUAAUGAAUUAUACAGAAAUCAAUCGAAUCCAUAAUAUUUGAUACUCUUAAUAUAUUUAAUACAUUUUUUUUUUUUUUUUUUUUUUUUUUUAGUAGGUAUAUUUAGAGUAAAUAAAAAUAUAUUUUAUUACAUACAUGAGAACUUAGUGUGUAGUACUCUAUAUAGGUAAAACAAUACCGCACAUUCGACUUUUAGAGUUGGACAUGCAAUACCAUAAUAUAUAUAUAUAUAAUUAUAUCACAUACUUACCUACCUACAUCUAUAAAAAAUAGUCUUCAAGACUGCCAUAAUAUCGUGAGAAACGAAAAUGUUUUAUUUUUUUUAUUUAAUGCAACUACCAUAUUACACUAUUAUCAUUAUUAGCCAAUGGACAUUAUACGAAUAUUAUUACCAACUAAUUAUGUUUCGACGUGUUUCGUGAACUAUACAAUUAUAUUAAAUAUUAUAAUUCUUCCUUAUUUUAUUUAAAAUUCAUAAUAUUUAUCUUAAAAUAUAAAUGUUUAUUUCAAAUUAAAUUUUAUUAUAAUACAUAUUUAUUAUUACGAUUUAAGUAGACACAUUUAUUAUAUAAUAUAAUAAAUAAACGUAGGUAUAUAAAAUGUAAAUGGUCCGUCCCAAAAAUUUGUUAUUCGAACGACUUGAUGUCUAAAAAAAAAAAAAAAAAUUAUAAGAUUACAAUGUAUAGGUUAUAUUUUAUUAUUAUUAUUAUUAUUAUGGAUUUGUAUACGUAUUAGUAACAAUUGUCAACAUAUCGUAUAAUAUUGAUAGUGAAAAUCAUCUUAUUAUUAUUGUAACAAAUUGUAGUUUAAUUUAAAUUUACGAACAUUAUUAUUGUAGUAAUAAAUUACGAUGAAUAAAAAUUAAUGUUUUCAAACAGUCAAAAUUUUUUUUCUCCUCUUGCACGGAGCUCUUUAAACGGUCAAUAACAAAAAAAAAAAAAUUAAAAUCAAAGACGGCUCUGGGGGAGGUGAGUCUGGGGAUUGGGAGGUGAUGAAAAAAAAAAAAUAAUAAAAAACUAUAAAUCCAUUUUGUCUGCAAUUUUUAUAACCUAACCUAUACCAUUUGAUGAUACUUUGAAACUAUAUUAUCGAACAUAUUUAGUUAGGUGAAAAAAUAUUUCAGUUGUAGAAUAAUAUUGAAGGUAGAAUAUUGGAUGUAUCAGUUUAAUAAUAUAUGUAUAUAUAUAUAUACAAUAUACAAUAUUUCAUGGCCUAUUUCGCUGUUGUAUAAUCAAUGGUAUAACUAUAACAAUUUGCAAAUCAUGAAAGUGUUUUUUUUUUUUUUUUUUGUAAUUAUCAAGUUUUCUGAGAAUUAUGACUUACCCCCACCGAGUCUUUGAAAUAAAUACACUGUUUAAAGUUUACUUGUAAACGUACACGAAAUCAUUGUAAACUUUAUUUAGCUUUAACAUUUUUAUAUUUACCGUUUAAAAAGCAACUGCACUGGGUUGUUUGAUCAUACUUUUAUUUACAGCAAUACACUUCAAAUGGCAGUCCGACAACAGAAGAACCAUAAUUAUACUCAUGUGGAUGCAGUGAUUACGACAGUUUGGUUAAAAAAAUAAUAUAUAUAUAUAUAUAUAUAUAUAUAUAUAUAUAUAUGUAUAUUUAUUAAGAAAAAAAUUAUAGCUAUAUGUACAAUGCAUGUAUACAAAAAAUUCAAGCAAAAACAAAUUAAUUAAAAAAAAAGGAAUUAGUAUUCUCAAACGAUUUCUUAUAUAGGUAAUAAUAUAAGUGAAUGCUGCAGACAUAUAUUUUUAUUUUUAUUUUAACCAGUAAUAUUUUUAAGCAUGCACGAAAAAAUUUAAUAAUAUUAUGUUCGCUGUUUAUCAAAAACUUGUUUUUUUUUUUGAAAACCUUCACGUUGGUGGCAUAACACACGUGGUACAUUAUUGUGAAGAUGUUCUUAUAACGCAAACGCGAUAGGUACCUGUCAUAAAAAUGCGGAACAAUGGUAAAAUGUUGAAAAUUCUAUUAAGAUAAAACCGUUAAACCGGAAAAAAAAUAACCAACAUUAAAUUUACCCGCAAAAUCGUUGUAAGACAUAAAAAUCGCUUGUUUGUGGUAUAAAGGACACCUUAUGUAUACGAACGUAGCUCGUGGGUAAGGAAUUUAUUGUUUCCAACAAAAACUGCGUCCACUGUAUAGGACUUUUCGUUUUGCGCAUUUACUGCGGUGAUUUUAAUUUUAUGUCGACACGAGACUAUACAUAAUAUAAUUAUGAACUCAAUACGAAAAAAAGGGUCUUAUACGGAAUCCCAUUAAUACUAUACUUACAGUAAUAACAGUAAUUAUUAUGCGGAUAGAUAAUAAAACAAUAUUUCGCGUUUUUAUUGAGCAAUAAAUUUGAUUUCGUCAAAAAGAAAAAAACGCGCAUAUUUCACGUGAUUUAUUACACCCCCCACGAUUAGACGCGUGUUCCAUAAUAUAGGGUAAUAUAUUAUUUUAGGUCCUACCUACCUGGUUAAUCGACCUUAAUCGUUUUCCUCUGAAAGUUUUCACCCGUUUUCCAUUAAAGAAAAAAAUCCGAAUCUAGGCCAUUUUUUUCCACUACGCACUGUGCACGUAGGCGCAAAUAGGGAUGGGCUAAUGCUUAGUCUGCCCAAAAAUCAGCCAAAUUCCCCUCCUAAUCAAGUAUUUAUUAAGAAAAUAUUAAGUAUACACAAUCGAUAUUAUGGGGACUGAAUUCCAUCCAAUAUAUUUAGACUAUUUGCUCUUAUGACUAUACAUUUUCCUCCGUUACCACGAAGAAUACAAAUUGUCACCCUCCUGGCCUUUUGCAAUAAUUUGUCUGUAUAUUUCAUAUUCUCACCACAAAUAUUUGUUAAAAUAUUUUGUUCUUAAUUGAGACUGGAAAAUGCUUGAAAUAGAUAUUGCUGAUAUUUACUAUACUAUGCAUAGUCGAUUAAUUAAUUAUAUUAAUAAAUAUAUGUUUACAUAUAUAUAUGUUGUAAUCAACAUCUUCGCUUUUAAUGGGAACAAAAGAGACGAUUUUAGGCCACUGAACUUUUUGAGGGUAAAUGGAAAGUAUCUAUUUUUUUAAUUUAGAUUGACAAUGAAAUUAAACGGUAUGUAUCUCAAUUUCGGAAGAUAACAAUCUUGUCCUGGCUAUCCUGUACAGUUGAUCAUAAAAAAUAUAAGCACGUGUGUGCAUAAAUUAGACUGCACCCAAAAAUUAUAGACAUAUGCAUAUGUAAUAGUUGUACACAUCCAAAAAAUAUCCAUAUUCCAUUACAUUAUGGACAUACAGGUUUUUUUUUAAUAUGUUUGCGUUGUUUGAAAUAUUUGAACAAGCAAAAAUAGUCUGCGAAAAAAAAAAAAGCUGAUACUGGUGAUGGGUUUGUCGCUGUUGUAGGUGGGAAGUCAGGAAUGUAGGAUACUUAAAGUUAUUUAAUUUGUAACUGUAAGUGACGAUAAAUCAUUGCUAAACUAUUUGAAGAAAAGUUCAGUUUGUACCUACAUGUUUUUAAAAGCCAUACUAUUUACAAUUUUCGUCAAAAUUUGGUUUUAAAUCUCUUAUAAAAAAAAAAAAUUCCUAAAACUAAAUUUAUUUUUUUUUUUUGAGAACUAAGUAAGAUUUAUAACGAACCUUUUGUUAAUUUUUCAAGCAUUUCUGUUUAGUAUAGUAGUUUUAUCGACUACCAAAUAAAAAUUACGUAAAAGACUUGUAAAAUGUCUAUAAAUAACUGAAAACUAGCAUAAAUGUUUUGAAAAUCUGCGUUUUAAUCCCUUGUCUUGAAAAAACAAAGACAGUAAAACUUUCAUAUAACGGUUUCGAAGGGACCAGAAAUAAUGAUCACUAUUUCGAGGUGACCCUCUUUUAGAGGUUUCCUAUGGAGACAUAACCACUUGACGGGACCAAAACAAAUGACCGUUACACAGACGUUACGUUUUUAUGAGGUGACCGUUGACGAAUGUUUUACUGUAUAUAUUUUCAGUCAAAAUUUCAAGUCUUUACAAAUAUUUUUAAUUGAACAAUACAAUACAAUAUAAAUAAAAUUGAAAUUAAUAAAAGAAUUGAUUUCGUACAUUUUCCCGUUCUUUUAAUGUUUUUUUCGGUUUUGCUGAAUUAUUAAAAAAAAACUAUCUUCUGGAUCAUUAACCAGAUAAAAAAUUCAACAAAAAAGGUUUCUUGUCAUUUUUCCAUUGGAGCAAUAUUUUCGUUAAAAUUCAUCGUGCUUAAAAACUGAAAAUAAUGAAAUCGUACUUAUGCCGUAAAUUGGUUCAUUUUUCUUUUUUUUCCGGUUUAUCCAAUUAUGAAAGCACUUUAGAAAAUAAAAAAAUUACCUCUUUAAUGCAUCAAAUAGACAAAAUUUUUUCCAAAAAAUAUUCUUCACUCUUUAUAUGGACUUUUUCCAAAAUGUUGUUUACAGGCAGAAAAAAAAACCACAUAUCAUAUCGCUAUGCUCCGAAUCUUAAAAUAGAUUAUAAUUAAAUAGAGGAAUUUAGAGAACUGAAAUAUUAUUAUUUUUACGAAUAAAAUAAUAUCCGAUUCUAAAUGAAUUGUUUGCUUUAUAAAAACUAAUUUUCAUUUAUUCAAGUUACGUUAAAAUUUGAAAUCCCAAAAAAUCGCAUACACGUUUUUUUCUUUAAAUGUGACUUUUUUUCACCACUAAGAAGAUUCGUGAUGAACCCCGAACUUGUAACGAAUUUUCAAGUAUUGCAUACCCACCUACAUAGAAAAAUACAUUUGUUUGGUCACCAGAAAUUUUGAUUGUUUUUUUUUUUCAAAUUUAGUAUUUAUACGUUUGAACGAAGUAAUAUUAAUAGUACAAAAUAUGUUAUUGCCAUGACACAAGAAGCGUUCAAAGGCUACCACUAUACAAUAUUAAGUAUAUAUCAUAAAAUGUAAUAUAAUAUAAAGCUGUCAUUAUACCUAGUGGAAUUUACUAAGUAAUAAAUUAGUUGUUUGUAACUAAAAAACAAAAAAAAAAUCCUUUAAUAUCAUAAAUAACAUAGGUAUAGGAAAUAAAUCAAUAUUAUAAUGUUUAUGAAAUACGUAUAGAUAGAGCAGAAUACAUCAAUAUUUUUGUAUUAUUUGUCUACGUGUUUACAAAGUGUGAACAGCGUCGUAACCAGACUUACCCUUGCCUUACUCUUGGCCUUCUGCGACAUAAUGUGCUUAAAACUCUUUCUGCAAUUAACUGCUUGUAAAUUGAAAACAAAAAACUCGCACGACGAUGAUCGGAUGAAUAUAACAUUAUUAUUUAUGGUCCGAGAAUCAACUAUAAAUAAUAAAAUAACGUGUAUAGGACACGUUUACCAAUCUAAUAAUAAUAAUACGUUUAUUGCAACAUCAACAAGUUUUUACAUCGAAAUUUCGUUCACGAAUAGAAUAUUGCAGCACCUCCGGGUAAGCAAAGCUUGUGCUGGGGGAGCAGUUCUUAAGAAUAUAAAUAAGAGAACAAAUAUAAAAGAAUACAAUUCGGUAUGAAUAAAUAUAAACAGUAUCUGGAGACAAAUAUAGGAGUAUAGCGGAUUAUUCCAUUUUAAAAUACCGUGUUUAACAAGAAUAAAUGAAUGCGAAUUUAAUAGAUUAGUAUAACAAUCAUACAAGAGAUUUUAAGAUACUAUAAGAGCUGAAGCCUCCCAAAAAUAUUUGUGUUAUUUGCGUCUAUGCAUAUCGACUCCUGCAACGAGAGAUGAGCCAUGUUUUUAAACACAACUUGUUUAUUUUAUACGCAUACUAUUUAUUAUCAAAUAUGCAUCAAGCUUAUUUUGGUAUAAUAUAUUAUAAUUUUGUGUUAGCAAACUGUUUAUUUAACAACAAUUAAUUACCUAUGUUACAAAAUAGUAUCCAUUUGCCGGAGUUUUCGAGUCAUUUAAUAGUCAUUUAUACUUCAAAUUCAAUUUUUUUUUUAUAAAUUUCAGUUUUAAACUGUUUAAACGAAUUAAAGUUUAAUUAAUCUAAUCAAUUGUUUUUAUAAUAAUUGUCUAUUGUUUAACAUUUAAUUUCUGGAUUUGCCCUGGGUAUGUGUAUUCCUACAAUUCGUCAGUUUUUAAUUCAACGCUAACUAAAUUUUUUAUUUGCUAACCAAAUAGAUAUUUUUAUUACUUUAUUAAUGUACAUAAUAAUUAUUUAUUUUUAAAUGUGACACUAAAAUAAUUCAAUAAAAACAAAAUUAUUAAAAUGGUUAACACUCGUAAAUAAAUAAAGUAAAUAAAUAUAUAAAUAAAAAAUAUUUAUUUUAUUUUUAUGUAUACAUUUUUAUUUAUUUAAUUUAUUUAAAAUAUACUGCUGUACUUUAAUUUCUUCAAAAAUAAGGCGUAAAACUUUAUCGGCUUUGCUUCGUUUAUUUUUAUAGACAAUCUAUUAUUUCAUUAACCAAUUGUGUUUAAGUCAACAUGUACUUUUUUUUUUAAUAUAUUAUAAAUAGGCAACCCAUAUUAGUAGUGGCUGUCGCAGGUUUUUCGUCUCGUUCACCAUCGGGACUUUCCGGCCGUCGUUGCUGCUGAUAUCUCGUGUCAAUUGGAUUCGCUGACUUCAUUCUAUUCUUUUAGUAUUCCGUAGUAGCGGAGUGAUGAGCUAUGAGCUGAUAUAUAUAUACCCAUCCGGAUAUCCGAUCGACUGGUGUCGUUGGUGAUUUGGUUCAUGAUGAAAACCCAAAUCUUACUCAUAACUAUAAGAUUAUUUUGGGCAGAGUGUGGUUUCUCUCGUUGUUGCUUUUUACUUGACUGAUUUCAUUGGGCUUUACAGUCUAUUUGUGACUCUGGCAAUUAUCCUUUCAAUACGAUAUUAGAUACAUUGAGAGAUAAAAAAAAAAAAAGAAAAAACAGUAUGUCCCGCCUGUGGGUGUUCUAGUCGUUUGCUGAAUCGUUGGUGGACGAGAGGUGUCGUCGAAUGAGCAAAAGCAGUACGUGCAACAAGGGCAAGGCGCUGCAUAUCUCCCAGUGGAUUAAGGGUGAGCUCGGGGGAACCAGUGGUGGCAGCGGCUGGACUGACUGGGGAGGAGUAUAUCGUGGUCGUGGUAGCCGUGAAAAACACAACGAUAACGAUGACGACGCUGAGUUCGAACUGUGGUCCCAGGAACGGAUGGACGCCAAAAAAUCGGAGAUUCAGCGUCGCCUCGCUGCAGCCACGCUGGAUGAGUGUGGCGGUGACGUUAUUAUCGAGUGCACUGCGGAAACCAUAUCGGUGCUUAGCAGCCCAGACGACAGCCAAGUAAGACCACGUGAUAGUAUUGGUUUGUACGUUAAACAAGAAAAAAUAAAAAAGAAAAGAAAAAUAAAAUCAAAAUUUCGUUGAUUUUUCUCUAUUUAAAUUUUAAGCAAAUAGAGUGCGUACAGACUUACAAACAUGAGAAUCUAUAGUUGUGUAAGUCGGUAAAAAAUUUAAAUCACUACGUAUAUUAUCUUUUAAUUUUUAUUCAUUGCUGUGGAAUUUUCUUGAAAAAACUUUUGAGAGAAUCUAAAAAUGGUCUCCUUAAAAUAUCUCUAUGGUGAAAUUUCCUUUCAGAAAAACUGCUCUUAUUGUAAAUCGGAGCAAAAUUGAUGGUAGAAAAGUUGUUCACAGGAAAGAAAGGCCGAAAUAUUUUUCAACUAUACCUACGUUUCUUACAUUUUCCUGUUAUUCCUCCGCUAUUUUCGGUUUUAUACAUCUAUUGAGAAAAUCGAAAAAUUACCUCCCUAAAGUACUACCCAAGAAAAUUUCCUUUCAGAAAAGGGGGUCUACAUUAAAUAUAUUUGAGAAAUAUGUAUAAUAUAUAUCGGUAGAAAAAGUGUUCACAUAAAAAAAAGAAUAAACAUCUUUUACAGUGUAUUAAUUCUUGAAGUACAUUCUUCAUUACAAGAAUCUAAAAAUGUUAUAAUAAUAAAUGGUAGAAAGGUUUAAAGGUCUCCUAUCUAAUGAAUCUAACUUACAAAAUAAAAUCUCCUUAUACGACACAAAUAAUUAACAGCAGUAAUUUUGUUUAAAUAAAGUUGUACGUGUAAUAAAAAAAAUAACUUUGAGUUAAUGAUUUGGGUAGGUUUAGAAAUUUAUAUUUAUUAAGUUAGAGCCGUUAGAGGAGACACCUUUAAAUUCUUCUACCGUUUUUGCUUUUUUAAAUAUUUUUCAAUGGUUUCAGAGGUUGUUUGACGUUUAUAAGCGUUUAUUUUGUGGAUUUUAAGUGCAAUAAGUACCGAGCCCUACAUACGGUAUAAUAUCUUGAAUUAUGUUAUUGUAUGGUGAAUUUCGUUUUAAUAUCGACAGCGCAAUUACUGAGUCGGCACUCCUAAAUCUGGGAUAAUUGGGAAACCGUUGAGGUACAAACCAUGGGACUCAAGGUACAAUCAGGUACAAAUAUGGUACAAAAACAAUUGAUAUCGGUAUCGAAAUGAAAUUUUCAGGGGGGGAGGUUUCUGGAGACACGGACCUGUUAUAACAUCUUGGGGUAGACCGUAGACUGCAUUCGAUAUAUUAGUCAUAAUUCGUCGUAUUACAAUAAUUAUUUCCAAACUUUGAUAACCACGUUCUUGGAAUUGGAACGCAAUAAUGCAUCUUUAACGAUAUAUCGUUUGAAAAAUUUACUUUCUGCGGAUAAACAAAAAUAUGUACCUGAGUAUUAGACGUGUAGAAAAAAAAAAACGAGUUUCGAAUAAAACAAUUUCCAUUAUACAGUUACCUAUAUGUAUAUACAUACGAAUUGCAUACAUUUUUCACCCUAUUUAUUUCAUUGUGAUGCACGCAGACUUAGUGAAUAAUAAUAAUGAUGCUCUGCAGAGGGGCCUAUUGUAAUAUUUUUAACGAUGUUAAAUUUCGUCACAUUAUUUUACCAUAUACCUAAUAUUAUGAGCCCUGUGAGUGUCGAUUUUCAUAAUGUCCCUUUGCGUGUAUCUCUUACAUUUUAUAAAUAACGGACGACGAAAGUAACAAAUUUGGGCGGUUAUUUUUCGUAAUCAGAAAAAAAAAAUGAAACUAUUCUGACACGAUCCGACGUUUCUCACAAUUGCAGUUACAAAAGGUAUUUAUUUGACUCCGAUUUUAAGAGUACCAAUAUCAAAAGAAGUUAUUAUAUUAAAUAAUAGGUAUUAAAAUAUGUUUUACGCUUCCACAAAAUAAGCCUUUCCCUUUUCCACCGAAAUUAAUCUUUCUCUUUUCCACCAAUACACGUUUCCAUCAAACUAUUUAUUGCAUAUUGCAAUGUUUAAAUGUGUAAAUAUGAUCUGUGUCAAAUUUAAAGAAUUUUUCGUGUGUCUGCAGACUCUUGUCAAGCAGUUGAUACGCUAACUUGCAUCACAAUAUACAUAAAAUAACAUCAGGUGUAGAAAAGGUUGAACAUUAUAAUUAAUGCAACUACUGAAUACGUUGAUAUUAAUAUUAGAUAAAUGGGAAUAUUGUUGUGAAGCAUUGUUAUGUAAGAAUGUUUGUUCGAUAGUUAUUUAGCUUAUCUUGGUUGAUCGACACAAAAGUUACGAGAUGAAAUAAACUCUCUUUUUUAUUUUUUUUAAAUUUAUAGCACGCGAGUGAAAAAAAAUGCGUAAUUAUGUUAUGUUCUAGUCUGUAAGUAAGUACUAUAUAUUGAUGUAUUUGGCAAUACCAAAAUAAUGAAACUUGUGUCUUACAGUAUAAUUUAUGAUAGGUACUCAUAUUAUGUACACGUUAGUUAUAUUGAUCACCCCUUUCUACUCAUGAUUCUGUAUAUUACUGUAUAAUAAAUAUUCGUAAUUUGGUGAAAGCGUGUAACGGAUAAAAAGAAAAAGGUUCGUUUAGGUGGAAAAGGAUAUUGGUGAAAAACCGAAAGGGACAUUUUUGGCGGAAACGUGCAUUGAAGGAAAAGAGGAAAAUUAGCUUUGGUGGAAAAUAGUGACACCCGUAAAAGUGUUCCAAUUAUUUCUUCACGCCGUUCCUUAAAUAAUGCAAAUGUUUCGUCCCGUAGUAUCUUGCUCUAGAAAAUUAGAAUAACUGUCAGGGAUUUUCGAUACAUCGGUUUUGAUUUUAUUGAUUUCUGGGUUAAAAUGACGACUACAAGUUUGAAAAAAGACGACAAAUACUACAUAUUACCCUAACCGGCUUACUUAGUUUUACUCGGAAUCGUUUUUUUAUUGCAAUAAUUUAUCGUCGCUGUCAGUCUAAUAAACUAAAUAUGUCUCUAUAUCCAUUACCUUCCGAACUUCCCAUCGUGUGCAGUAUUUCCAGGAUUUUUUUUAAAUAUUAGUUUGUUUUUAAUUUUUUUUUUUUUUUUUGCAUUAACCACUUAAAGUCAUUUUCGUUAUUUUCGGUUUUUUCGAGCCAAUAAAACGUAUUCGAUUUUUGUCUGUGCUCAGAGAACAAUGGUGCCGGAAAACGUGUGUGAAAAAUGUCAGAAGACGUGUGAUAUCAACGGCAAUCAACAAUCUGACGCGUUUCUCGACAUGGACCCGGACAACAAAUGGAAACCGUCCACGAUAACCGUGUCUACUGCGGACCUUAGCCCAUGUGAAUCGUUCGGUGACAAAUGCAGUAACCACAACAGCUACAACAACAACAACAAUAAUGACAACGACGAAGACGACGAUGACGACGACGACGAAGAGCUCGAACGACCGUACGCUAUACUCGCUUCGUCUCCGCCACAACAACGCUACCAUCACCAUUAUCAACAGCAACAACAGCAAACCCGUCAACGUCGGAUUUCGUCGACGUCCAGUCUGGACAGAACUGGCAUUAAUCGCGAUCACUCGACGGACAGCCUGGAUAGAGUGGAAUUUUGCUCGACCACGGAUUACCGGUAAUUAUAUUUUUGUUAAAUAAACGAAAUGCGUGUUUGAAUUUUGUUAAACAUUUUAGAAUGAUGAAUGAUAAAUUUUUUGUUUAAUAAUAUUUUCUAAAAAAAAAAACAACACGUGAAAUGAUGUUCUACCACCAAAAAUAUUAUCCUCUUUAAAUUUCGUAUUUCCAUCGUCUGCGUUUAAACUAGUAUAAUUUCAACCUUAACGCCAUAAUUAUUAUUAAAAUAUUCUGAUUUUGUUUUGUUAUUGACCGUUAGAUGGACUAAUUCCAAGCAACAUAAAAUUGUACCUCGAUAACUAGUUAACUACUCUUUGUUUAAACUUCAAACACAAUUAAUGACUUAGAAUUAAAUUUCAAUUUUUUAUUAAUAGCUACAUAUUAAAUAAAUAUUUAUUACCAAGAUUACAACAGGAUAAUGUUUGAUACAAAUAAAACUAUUUAGAAAAUAUGCAUAGAUAGGACAUUCCAAUUAAAAUAAUAAAAUACGUCCAUGAAACGCAAUCUGUUCAAUAACCUUAACUUUACGGAAUCGAUUUCUGUUUGAUUUUUUAGAUGGCCCGAAGACUUUUAUCCCAUUACAGCUAGCUGUUGUCUUCCAACGGACGAAGAUUACAACUACGAUGCAUCUAGUGAGGAAUUUUGGGGAACGCCGAACAGUAGCACUACUUCUCCAUUAUCCGUCGAAGUAAGUAAAUAAUGAAUAUAAUGGAAUAAAAAAUCAUGAUUGAUUGAAUAAUACAUAUAUUUUUUAAGGAAUAACUUUGUGUUAAAUUUUCAAACAUUUCUGCUCGAUCAAAAUAAUUUUAUCCACAUAAACCAAAUAAAAACUAAACAGCCAAAACAAUUUAAAAUGGCUAUAAAUAGUUGAAAAAUUUUUUGAAAAAUUGACUUCAUAUAGAAAGGGUAACUAUUAAUAUUCCGUGAGCAUUUCAAAUCUUUAGGAUUAUUUUUAACCGAAUAAUUACAAAAACGAAAUCGAAAAUAACGGAAACCGUUAUUGCAUAAUUUGUUGAGGUCCAAUUAUUAAGACUAAAUGGAAAAUGAAAAAAUUCACUUCCCCAAUACACCAACUAGACAAAGCGUACUUUUGAAAAAGACUGUGCUGCAAGAUUUCUAGCAGAAAAAUUAUUUACAAAUGAAAAAAGACCAAUAAAAAAAAAACAUAUUGCGUAAUCAACCAUUAGAAUCUAAUAUGAUAAUUUGUUACAUUGGUAUAGGUAAAUAGAAUGGCGUACUUUCGUUUACCUAUACAUUUUCUAUAACAUUCAACACAGUGGCACAAAUCAGGGUGGAGGGGAAUUCGUGAUUUUGGAGCCCCUACUUGCAGGUCCUCGCCCGCUGCCGAAAAGAUAAAAAACUGUACAUUAAAAUGUAUCUGCAUUUCUACAGGAGCAAUAAUAAUAUACGAUUUAGUUAUAAUAUAAGUGUUUGGAACCCUUGCUCUUAAAUAAAUUAUGAUUACGCCACUGAGUUAGUAAAAUUCUCAAACCAUCACUAAUACUCAACACUAUAAAAACUGAUAUUUUCGUUCGUUAUUUUUGCGAUUAAGGUGAACUAUAACGAAGAACGGAAAAAUGAAAAUUUAUUCGGUUCUGUGCAGCUACAGGUGAAUACGUCUUCUACUCCCAAGAGGAGACCUCUUCGGCUAGAACCGCUAAUUGAAGAAAUUGAAUCAUCCGGAAAUAAUACUCCUUCGUACGAAUACAAAGAGGUGAGCGUAUAUUAUUAUCUAAUUAUUAUAUUACCCAUAACAGUUAAAUAGUCGGAAAAUUUAAAAAAGAAAAAAGAAAUUUAUUGAAAAACAAAAAUUUUUGAACAACAUAAUAUGAGAGGUGAGUUAGGUUAGGUGUGGUUAGGUUAGCAGACUAAAAUCUAGAAAACCGAUUAUUAAAAAUUAGGAACCCAUUACAGAACUUCCAACUGUAACUAGGUUAAAAAGUGGCAGGAGCGAGUGACAUAAUACAUGGGGACAUCCCCCAGAAUAUUACUUAUCUGAAUGUACAUAGAAGACUAUUAACAGAAUACGUUCGGAAGUGGUUUGGACAAAAGAUUAAUAUAAAGUUAAGAUAAAGAUAAAGAUAAAAAUAUAAUUAAAUAUUAAGAUAAAGGUUCGUUAAAUAAUUGCUCGAUUUCUGUCUAGUAAACAUUUAACGGAACGUUAAAACGUUUUUUCAAUUAUUUCCAUUUUUCUAACUAUUAUUAUUAUAUUGACAUUUGUGUUUAUUUUAUUGGUAAAAUCAAAAUGGAAUAUGGAAAUUAAACAACUGAUUUUUAUGCAACCCAGCAAUAAUCUGUUAUUAGUUUACCGGAGAAUAUUGAUAAAUCCAUGUAUAAUAUACAUUGUAUAUAUUUGAACAUUGUUAUAAUUAGAGGAGCAAAAUUAAUAUUUUGCUCCCACCGAAAUAAUGUAUAGGGGUCCCUACUCCAUCUGUCUCCUCUUCUCCGGUACCACUGGUAGCAAUAUUUUUCUAGGUACUUAUUUUAAUAAGUAAAUAUUUUAAUUUUUCCGAUACUCUUGUUUCGAUAUUUGGUAGGUAUCCAAUACUAGUUUUCGAUUCGAUACUAAGUGUUUAUAUCGAAAAGAUUGUUUUGAUAUAACAUCCUUACUUUCAAUAAAAAUUAAUAAAAAGGUAUGAUAAUAUACCUAAGAAACCUAAAGGAUUUACCAUUGGGUAUAAUGAUAAUUAUUUUUUAAUUCACAUAUAAUAUAGAAUGUUUACGGAGAAGGUCACACCCUGUUGAACUUCGAGAACGAGCCCCGGGCAAGCUCGUCCAAAGAUCAAAAACACGCUGUGGAAAAGUCAAUGACCAAAAACCUGUAAGCUAAGCACGGUGUUAAAUUUUUUAUAACAUACGCAUGAACGCAUGCGAUGGAAAUUAAAAUUUAUAAAUCGUAUUAUUAUUUUGUUCACUCUUUUAUACCUAUCUUCUAUGUACGUUGUAAUAAUAAGAAGUAGUAAUUAUGGUUUUGCGAAUGCGACAGAUUUAACAUGGUAUGGCGGUCGUCCACCAAGAGCCGUUCGAAACGGACUUGUAGCGAAUCCAAAUUCAGCACUAAUUUCAUUCGAAGGCGACGUGUAAGUAUUAUUUAUUUAUUAAUUUAUAAUAACAAACCCACGACAUCAACAUAUUUAAAAAAAAAUACAAGUUAAGCAUAAAUAUACAAUUGGUCCGAAGAAAAGAAAGUGUUGUAUUAAGAUUAUUAGAAAUAUCAAGAACAAAAGAGGGAAGGGUAAGUGUUGGCAAUAGAUAUAUGGUGGAUAAUUGGUUCAUUGAGUCCAUGAUUAGCAGAGUGAAAAGGAUGAGAAACAUUUUUAGUUGAAUGGGUAAUACGAGAUUGAAUAAAAAUAAUUAAGUUUAGAAAGUAAAAAUGGGCAAUCAAUGUCGUUGGCGAGGAGAUUCUGCAAGAAAUAUAUGUUGGCAGAAUAUCUGCGGUCGGCUAAGCUUACUAAAAUAUGUUUCACGAAACUAGCGACUCCGCAGUAGCGCUUCCGGUGACAAAAUUUCGGUGUUUCACGGUUUCUCAAACUUGCACACAAUACUUGGCAAUUUGAAAUACUGCGCGGUUUUUAAAAAAUACGAAUAAAAAGAAUUAUUUUAUUUGUUGUAUAAUAUAUUUUAUUAUACAUUAUAUUAUGUAUUAUAAUAUAUUAAAAUAUACAUUUUCUUUUGAUAUUUUAACAUUAAUAUUUACAAUUGAAGUGAUUCAUCGUCGUCAUCCUCGCUUACGCUGCUGUAUUCCGGGUUAACUGUCAAAAUUAUUGGCUCUAAAAUCUGGUACCUGAAUACUUCUAUAAUAGAGUCUUCAACUUGAAGACGUUCGCAAUGAUCAACACAACGUUUCCAAUUGUCAACAGUAACGGAUUCUAUGGCGAUAUUUGCGCUUUUUCUCAGACACGCAUGUAUGCAAUGCAACCACAAACACAAUAAAAACUCACUGAUUAGUCGAACUAAAGUCAUAAAGUUAUAAAGUUGUCAGUAAAAACGAUCGUCUAGAUAACUCGAACGAAGUAAACAUACCAAUAUAAUAAUGUGGUUGUUAUCGUUAUCAACAGUAAUACGAUCACCAAUCACCACACGACUGUUUGUUUAUCAUAGAGUAUCUAUGGUAUCUAUAUGGUGGUUAUAAAAUGUUUGGCAGUGGAAGGUUAAAUUCAUAUCGACAGGGACAGCUGUUCAAUGGUUGAUUGCCGCGUCAUUUUUAAAUUAUCCCAACUUUUUAGUCACACGUUUAGGAAACCUUCAUAAAAAUCUGCCACCGGAAGCGUUACUACGGAGUCGCUAGUUUCGUGAAACGUACUGUAGAUUAAGCUUAUGGAGAACAGGGUUAUAAGACAAGACGCUCAAUUUUGAGUAGGAAUUUGCAUUGUACUCGAUCUGUUUGUCUGCAGGCAACUGCAGUAUGAGAGUCCCAGAACACAGAGCCAUAUUCAAUGAUUAAACGAACGAAGACACAACAGAGGACUUCAAAAGAUGCCUGUAAUUUGAAUUCAGAGAAAAUACGUUUCAAGAAAUCUAAAGCUUUACACCAGGCUUUCUUGAAAUGAAAAUUAGGAUUUAGCGAAGGACAUAAAGUAAAAUCGAGGUCAUGAAUUUCAUUGUCAGCUAUGGGCAAAUUUGAACCUUGAAUAGCAUAGCUAAAGAUAAUAGGCCUAAGAUAACGCGCAAAGAUCAUGGUGAGACGGAAUAUUUUCAUGAGUCAAGGAAGAGUAGGGUUGUCUAAGAAUGAAGUUGUUUAAAUGUGUAAGAAACAUAUAAGCUUUUUUGUUAACUGUUUAACAAUUGAGUCAGUAAUAAGAUCCAGUCCUGGGGAUUUAUUUUUGGAUUGUUUUUUUUAACUAUGUACUAGUUUUCAGAAGAAGCGGUGUGUCGAAAAAAAUAUAGGUUAAUGAUUUUUUUAUGUGACCCAUGUGAUCUAUACCGAUGACUUCUGAGUUUGGUGUAAAUCUGUUUUUAAAACCAGAUGCAAAAAGGUAUGCUUUAUCAGUCAUCAAAAAAAGACGACAGUUUAAAUGACAUCUCGUUUGGGAUGAUAUCGCAAACCACUGUAAGGUAUUAUUUUAUGUAUCCAAGAAAACUAUACGUUGAACAAUGUGUUUCAUGGAUUUAUGGGUAUUUCUACGAAAUGGUUGAAGUAGCACUUACCUACAAAUAAUGAGCCAAUUUAAAAAAUUAACAUAUUACUAUUAUUGUAAAACUUAAAAUAAGUUAAAAUUAGUUUAUAAAAAGGUACCUAAUGACUAAUAUUGCGUUUAAAUUAACUUUUGUUUCAGAUAAAAUCUGAAACAUCCAAACAAAACAAAGAAAUCAAACUCAAUCUAAUCGAAAGUGUAUACUUAAUACUUUUUGGUUGA